AUGUCUAGGUUCUCAGAAAAAGGAGAUGUCAUCCGUGAGGACAUUGGUACAAUUGAUCUAGUUCAGCAGAACAUUUACAGUGACUAUGAGGAUGGUGAAUGCCGUUACCUGCUGGUAUUGACGGAAAAUUAUGCAGCCCUCCAGAUCCUGCAGCAGGCUUUUUUCAAAGGUACACAGCAGCCAGAAAUUAUUUUUGGUUCCAGUUUUCCCAAAGACCAGGAAUACACCCAGAUCUGCAGAAACAUCAACCGAGUGAAGAUCUGUAUGGAGACAGGGCAGAUGGUCAUUCUUCUCAACCUGCAGAAUCUGUAUGAAAGCCUCUACGAUGCCCUCAACCAGUAUUACGUUCAACUUGCUGGUCAAAAGUAUGUUGACUUGGGUUUGGGGACCCAUCGAGUGAAAUGCAGAGUGCACCCUAAGUUCCGUUUGAUUGUCAUUGAGGAGAAAGAGGUGGUCUACAAACAUUUCCCCAUCCCGUUGAUCAACAGGCUUGAAAAGCACUACCUAGACAUCAAUACUGUGUUGGGCAAGAGGCAAAGAGACACUGUGGAAGAAUUGAAGAAAUGGGUGGACAGCUUCACAACAGUUGAAACAGAAAAAUACUUUUUGGGCCAGCAGAAAUAUACCCCUUCUGAUGUCUUUGUUGGCUACCAUCCUGACACCUGUGCCUCAGUUGUCUUGCAGGUGAUGGAGAAGCUGAAAAUGGAUGCUUCCCCUCAGGAACUGAUGCGAAAAGUACAAGAAGAAGCCCAGUUGGUCCUGUUAAACUGUGCAACGCCCGAUUCUGUAGUCCGCCUUGGUGAUUCACAGCUGGGUUCCUUUCUGGCAGAUGACUUGGCCAGGGUAUACUUUCAGCAGCAACAUCACACUUCUCUUGCAGAGUUCCUUCGUGCUUGCCUUGGGACAAAGUCUAGGGGUCACACAAUCUUUACUGAGGUGAGUUGUUCCAUAAUAUUUCUUUGUGUUUUUUUAAAAAAGCACAUUAAGAAUCUGUACUCCUUGAGGAUGCCAUGAGGCUGCAUUUUGAGAAAUGCAUGGGCAUUUUGGCAUAUGGAAAUAUUUCCCACAUCAAAUCUCUUCAUCAAUGCCAUAUUUUCCUUUAUACCAAAUGCAAAACCUGCUAAGUCUAAAUGUGUGUGAUUGAAUGGAAUACGUUUUCCCCAUCUAUCCUUUUUAUUUCUUUUCAUUAAUUGCAUGGCUCUCAUGACAGGCACUUACCUUUUUGUACUUUGCAAAGUACACACAGAUAGUGCUGUAUUAUUAUUAUUAUUAAUAAUAAAGUACCUAGAUCAGGAAUUAAAUAUUUGCACAGCAAACCACAUUCUGUCCUCUUUAGUUGCUUAGUUGCUCAUUUUUCCAUUUUUGAAUGAAUUUAUGAAAAUUCACCAGCAUUUUAAUGUAAAUUUCUCCUAAUGAACACAUUUUUGCAUGGAGUUUUGACAAAAAUAUACACAGUUUUGCAAGCAAUUUCCAUAAUAUAAUUGAUUUUUGUGUAUUAUUUUCACUAAUAUAUGCACUUAAAUGCACACUUAACCCUGAAAUAUGUAUUUGUGUAGAGAUUUCCUUGAACUGCAUUGCAAAAUUCAGACAAAUGUGAUUUUCACACAAGUGUUUCAGUUCACAUACUGUCUUGGAAAGUGCAAAUCAUGUAAGUCCACCUUUAAAUGUGUUUUGAACCAUAUUCUUCCCCAACCCCUGAAACUCGAUUUCUUCUUUCCUGUUAGAUUUCUACUUUCUCCAGGCUCCUGACAGCAGCAGAUACAGUGACUUUGAAGGCGGAAGUACAAGGCGAGUUGGGCAGCCUCAAAGUUCUGUUCUUGCAACAGUUUGACACAGAAUACUCAUUUUUGAAAGAGAUUCGGUGAGUGUCCAAUGUCCUUAUAGACAUAGCAUGGUGUUCAGCUGACUUUUAUUCAGAGUAUACCAGAAUCUAAUGGACUUAACUUAGUCCUGUUUAUUAAUUUCAGUUGGUAUAGGUAAAAGUAAAGGUACCCCUGACCAUUAGGUCCAGUCGUGACCGAUUCUGGGGUUGCGGUGCUCAUCUUGCUUUAUUGGCCGAGGGAGCUGGCGUACAGCUUCCUGGUCAUGUGGCCAGCAUGACUAAGCCGCUUCUGGGAAACUAGAGCAGCGCACGGAAACACUGUUUACCUUCCCGCCAGAGCGAUACUUGCACUUUGACGUGCUUUCGAACUGCUAGGUUGGCAGGAGCAGGGACCGAGCAACGGGAGCUCACCCUGUUGCGCGGAUUCGAACCCUGCCUUCUGAUCAGCAAGUCCUAGGCUCUGUGGUUUAACCCACAGCGCCACCCACGUCCCCCAUACAGUUGGUAUACCCUGAGAAAAACUUAGCUGAAUUCUACAUGAUGGGUUGCAUCCAAUCCUAAUCCUACUCAAAAUAUACACAUUCAAGUUAAUAGACUAAUUUAUAUUCAUAAACUUCAGUGGGUUCAUUAACUUCAGAGUAGAACUUGGUAGGCUACAACCUUAAAUUGUCUGCAGUGCCAGGGGACAUCUGCAGCCAGUAGCCUUUCCAUUGGCUUACACAAAGGGCCACACUAAGAAUAUUCUCUUCCAUAAACACUAGCAAUUGAGGCAAGUAUGCCCAGUCAAUUAGGAACAGACAAUAUGAAUGAUUUUGUCACGCAGAUGUUCAUUCAGUUUUAUUGUUAACCUGUCUUCAUUACAUUGGACUAUGAUUACAAGAUGACUUCUUUUAUGUGUAUUUACUGGCACUGGAUUUUAGUUCAAUUAUUUUUUCAGCUUUCUUGCUAAAUAAAAAGCCUUUAAACCACACAUACAUCCAACCAGUUUGGUGCAAUCUUUGGGUUUUUCUUCCAGCAAUUUUCUAGAUGCUACAUCUGGAAGUAAAAUCCUGAUUAUUCAGACACACUUUGAAAAUGGAUCUCUCAGUGCCCAGCUCGUCGCUUCAGCCAGGUAUGUUGCAUGUUAAGUGGCAUGCAUGAUGCAUUUUUCAGUGUUUUAAUUAGAGCAAUACUGAGCACAGGGCUAAUAGGCAUAGAUGACAUAUAGUGUAAAUAAAGGGUUGGGGUUUUUUCCCCCCAAGGUCUGGCAUAAGCUCUAAGAAAUAUAGGGGAGUGAAGAUUGGGCAGAGGUGACUAACCAUGUGGCAGCUGUGAAAAAGGCCACUUCCAUGCUAGGGAUCAUUAGGAAAGGAACUGAAAGUAAAACUGCCAAUAUUAUAAUGUCAUUAUACAAAUCUAAGGUGCAACUAUAUUUGGAAUACUGUGCACAGUUCUGGCCCUGUUGAUCCAAAAGCAAUACAGUGGCACCUCGGUUUUUUAACGUAAUCCAUUCCGGAAGUCUGUUCGACUUCCAAAACUUUCGAAAACUGAGGAUCAAAGGGCAGCUGGCAAAUUUAAUUGGGGGGGAAAUUGAGAAACACUCCUUGGAAGCCAUUCCGAGGCAUGUUCAAAAACAGAAGCAGUCACUUUUGGGUUGUUGGCGUUCGGUUUCCAAAACAUUCGGCAGCCGAGACAUUGGACAACCGAGAUUUGACUGUAUUGUAAAGUUGAAAAAGUUCAGCAGAUAGCUGAACUUUUCCCCAUGAGGAAAAGUUGUAGCAUUUCAGACAUUUUAGAAAUGGUGAGUAAAUGUACAUAGUGAACAGCUUUUCUCCCUCUUUCAUAAUACUACCACUCAUGGGUAUCCAGUGAAGUCAGUUGUUGGGAAGAUUUAGGACAGACAAAAGAAUUGGCUCCCACAAGUGGCACUGGUGGCCUCUAGUUUGGAAGGCUUUGAAAGAGGAUUGGACAAAUUCAUGGAGGCUGAGGCUGCCAGUGGCUGGUAAUCCUGAUGGAUACGUAGUACCUCCCCUGUGGAAGGCAAUAUGCCUUAUGAAUACCUGUUUCUAGAAACCACAGGAGGAGAGAGUGCUGUUUGCUCAGUUCCUUCUUGCAGGCUACCUAUAGGCAUUUGCUGGGCCACAGCAAGAACAGGAUGCUGUACUAGAUGGGCCAUUGUCCUGAUCCAGUAGCCUCUUCUUGUGUUCUUAUGGUGUAUGUAAUACUUAGUAGGCAUCCUAAUACUUUAUGUUGGAUGGAGUGGAAAUGUAAGCUUUAUGAAUACUGAAAUCAUGAUGGGAGAUGUCGAUUGAUUGGUGGGUACUUUAUGAUGGGUAUUUAACCCUGCUGUGUGAAACUGAUGGAAGCCAUUUCCUUCCCCUUGCAGAUACUCAGUUGUUAACGAAAUCAACAAAACAGAUCAGGGUGAAACCUCCGUGUUUGUGUUCUUCAUCACUAAACUGUCACGAGCUGAAGGAGGAAGUUCCUAUGUAGGAUUUCAAGGAGGUAGAACUAUCUGUGUUCAGAGAUUUAGAAUAAUUACUGGAGUGCAUUUUUUAUUAUUAAUCGCCAUCAUAUAAUAUGCCAACAGUGGACUUCUGCUGAGUUAUGAUGGCUAUCUAGCCUUAAUUUCCCAAGGAGCUCAGGGCUCAGGCUGGGUGACUGCUAGUCAGGUGGUGUAAGUCUCAGUCCAAAAGCGACUGAGCGCUGCUGAGAGUGCAUAAUCACACUUGCCAUGUGGCGGUGGCAACUGCAAACAAACCUUACUUCUCUGCCACCAUUGCCUUGUUAAACCACCCAGCAGAGCUCUUCUGGAUGAUGAACAGCUAACCACUCUGAGGAGUGCUGUAAUGGAUUUACAAAGCAUGUUGUGAAUAAAAGGUACCACAGAUAGGGCAGGUCCUGUAGAGGUGCACAGAGAAACAUCAGAUUGAGAUUUGUGGGAUUAGUUUCAGUUACUGCAGCUUGACAAUGUAAAGAGGUCCGACAACCAAGAAAUGCUCUUGUUUUCUGUUGCUAGGGUUGUGGCAGUCUGUGCAUAUUGAUGACCUGAGGAAAUCCAAGGAUAUUAUCUCUGAUGUAACUGCCCUGAGAAAUGUCACCAUCAGCCAGCUCUUUUCUGCAGAGCCUCCUGAAAGUAAGAAUGUGAAUAAAUGCAUGUUGAGAGACAGUACACAAGUGAGAAAACAUCUAGGCGUGUCUAUAUGCCUUGUGUUUUAUAUAUGUAUGCAGUAUCAAAUUUUGACAGAAUAAUUUGAGCUUUCACUGUUGAACGAAGGACUACACCAGCCCCCACCAACCCUACCAAUGAUCAGGGAUGGUGGAGUUGUUGUCCAGCAAUAACUGGACAAUAACUGAAAAUUGACUAUUCUUGCCCUAAGUUUAUCAGCAGGCAACUUGCAUCCCUGUGUGACACCUUCUUUGUUGUUGCAGCUGUGAUAAUGGAGGGAAUGGAAGAAGAGGAAGAUGAGAUGGGGGUGGAGAGGUCAGCAACAUCUGAAACCCAAAAACUGACCGUAAGUUGAGACCCAAUGUGUUUAAUUCUAUCCCUUGUUUCUUUGGGGUUAGAUGGAGCCUAUUUGUGCCUGCUCCAUGAAUCUCUGAUACAAAAUAAAGUUUCUUACAGACAUUGGGAACAGACAAUAAAGCACUUCCAAGAACAUGAUUCUUUUAGUAUUUUUAAUUUUUUUCCUAUCUCAUUCUAAAUUAUAUGGGAAUACUAAUUCCUUUCUGGUUUUUGUUGUUUUUGUUUUGUUUUUUGCUCUUUAACAAUAUAUUGCACUUGUACUAGCCUAGUCCUCUUCACAGAGAACAUUUAUAAUCAAGCCACUACCUUCCUUUAAUCACCUCCGGAAUAAUUGAACUGAAUAUAUUGCCUCCCCUACAGCAUUCACUCUAUCCUUGCUUUGCCACCUGCUUUUGCUAGAGGGCCAUGGACAUUACUAGUCACCAACCUUUAGCAAUAUAUAUUUAUUUUGGUUAGCAUAACAACAUGACCGGCUCUUUUUUUGUGUGUUAUCUGGAUGUGAUUGCUCUUUCCUGAGCAGAUUUCUUGACAAAAGUCCUGCAAGGAGGACCUCCAACAAUUACCAUAUGUAUUCUUUCUUUAAGAGGGUAGCUUGUGGCUUGGACUUUGGUUUGUGCUGUUGCAGGAUACUAAUCGUCUUUUUUCUUUCCUGCUAUUCCUGGAAAGACCCAAGUCUUGGACACCACCAUUCUUCUACGGAGCUGUGUGCAAAGAGCUGUGGGCAUGCUAAGGGAUCAAAACGAGGAUGCCAGCCGCAGUACUAAGAGAAUUGAAAUCCUCCUUAGCCUUCUGUCUCAGGAAGAUGACGUAAAAGGUAUGAAGGACUAGAAGCACUUGGAAGUGGAAGGUAUAGGAAUGUGCAGGCCCCCUCCUCAAUCCGAUUUGGGUUGGGUCCCAGUUUGGGCCAGAUUGAUCUGUUCCACAGAUCCGAAUCACAAUUUGUAAUUUUGGAUCUCCCUGUCCCACUGGAGGGACAGGGCGACUUGCAGAGCUGAUGUGUGGGGAAGCGACUUUAGCUGCUGCUCUAGCCCACACACCAGCUGUUAGACAGGAGGCCUCAGCAAAGCCCCUCUGCACCUCAGGCUUGUGAGGAGACCCCAGAGCCCAAAGAGGAUAUCUUCUUCGGGCUCGGGGGAGGGUCUCCUUGUGAGCCAGGAGGGACUCUCCAGUAGGGCUUCGUUGAACCACUCAGCUGAGAGAGGAGAGGGAAGCCUCCUGCCCCCCAACUGAGUAAGCUCUGAUGCCUCUCAGGUUCACGCAAGGUGGGGGGUGGGCUUCAUGCAACUACCUGACCCUCAUUGCGGAGUAGUUUAAAGAAGUCUCCUUCCCCACCUUUGGCUUCUGUGAGUAUAAUAAUUUCCAGCUGUAUAAUAAUCUCCAGCUGCAAAUUGUUUUCCGCUCAGCACACCAGGCACAGGUGACAGAGGGACUUAGAGCAGCGGUGAUUUCCCUCGCAAUAUACCGCUGGGUGAAGGCGAUAUUGCGCUAUGGGCCUUCAAACCGGUCCUUGGUGAUAUAUUGAUAUAUCGCCCAGGCCUACUCUCCAGGGUGCUCCCAAUAUAUGUGAUUUCAGUUACAUGCACAGAGGCCUGGAACAUAACCCCCAUGUAAAUUGGGAAUUGUCUGUGUAUUUUGUGAUAUUUGUUCAUUUGUGGGGGUUUUAAAAAGUAUUUUAAAACUGUAACUUACCUUGUAUGCCUUCACAGAAUGAUGGGAUAUAAAUGCAAUAAAUAAAUAUAUUUAUGUCCUAAAUAGAUUUUCCAUAUUUUAUAAUAGAAUAUUGAUAAAUGUAACUGCUUAACUAUACAGCCAUACCUGCAGCUCUAUAAAUUAUAAUUUCAUAGGGAACAUUCAUAACAGAAGAAGGGGGAAGCUAAAAUUAAUUUGCACUGUGCAGAGCUUUUGCUUCAGAAAUUUAACCAUAAGUAGUGCCAGUUGGCAAAUUUUAUGCUGUCUUUCCCCUCAGCCUCCUUCCUGAAGAUAACAAAGACUCGCCUGUUGAGCCUUUUGGGGAAGCAAGAAGAAAAUGUUUACACCAUGAAAGAGUGGGUACGCCGAGAGGCAUCAAACCUCAAUGCCCUCCAAGAAGUAGGAACUUUCAGGUAUACACAGUAGUUAAAUCACUACACUUUUUCCAGCUCUAAAAAAGAUAAGUCAUUAUCGAGGAAGCUCUUUGUACAUACAUGUUUAGGAUAUUUUAAGUGUACAUGGAGGGGGUGCUGAUUUUACUUGCAACUAUAUCAAGUGCUGCUUCAGAGGGGUCCCCUGAUCUCUGGGUGUGUUUGCAGGAGCCUAAAAAGCUGAGUUAUUCUUUAGAUCUCAGCUGUUCAGUACAUUGCAGUGAGUGUAACUGGGUACAAUACUGAAAUCAAAAGCGUUCACUGGAAGCUAUGUUAAUAUUUGGCUGUCUUUCAAAGGAUUUGAUUCCAUUUUUGUUGGUACCAUUAAUCCUGGAAGUAAAAUAUGUAUUUACUUUGCUUCAAAGACACAAUUUAACAGGUUCUAGGAAUAGUUGAAAUGCAGAAUUAGGUUGAAUAUAUAUAUAUAUUCAAUAUAUAUAUAUACUAUAUAUAUAUAUAUAUAUAUAUAUAUAUAUAUAUAUAUAUACCCUCCCUUCAUCAACAGAUCCCAAGGCAGUUCACAAGAUAAAAAUACAAGAUAAAAGCACAAAUAAACAUAAACAACAACAAAAAUACCUCCCCCCAACUAAACACAUUUGAAAGGCUGAGGAAUGUUAAUCAGCCAAAGGCCUGAUUGAAGAGAAACAUUUUUGCUGGGCACCUGAAAACAUAUAAUGAAAAUGCCAGAUGAACGUCCCUAGGGAGAGCAUUCCACAAGCACUUUUCUCCAUAACAUUCUCCCUUGAAAUGUUCAGUCAGAAUGUUCCUGAAGGAGUGUAUGCCUUUCUUAACAUUGGGUAUUGCUUUUUUGUUUCCUUUACCUCUCUUGACACUUGCAGAGACACCCUGUGGAAGCGGGUCCAGAGUGUGGUGACUCCAUUUAUGGCCUAUAUGUUGUCUGUCCUAGACAGUGACUGCAACCUGGACCUAUUGGUCAGACCAACAACAGAAAAGUGUGUGAAAGCUCUGUGGCUAUUCAUCUUCAAUGAUCUCAAGCUGCUGGACAUCCCUUACAUUAUGGGCCAGAACAAGUAAGUGGCAUAAAGAAGGCAUGAAUGGUUGCCAAUGAAUUGAUGGCUUGCAAAAAUGUGAAUGGUGAAGGUGAUUUUGAUUCCAUGUGAGGGACUUAUCUUGAAAGCUGUUUAUUCAGUUAGCCAAAAAAAAAAAAAAAAUGUUCCAGUUGUAUGCCAUGAUGUUUUGGCAGCACAUUUCUCAGUGGGUAUGACUUACGAGCCAGAUCUCCUUAAAGGAAUAAUGUUGUGGUUGUCAAAUGCUUUUUUGAGAGAUCAAAACUCAAGGAUUGGUAAACAUAACUCUUUACCUGCUUCUUUCUAAGUGCUGAAACAAAACAUUGAGCUUCCUGCUUAGUAAGGGAUAUCUCUAGCUUGCUAACUUAAUUUACAUGUGUCUUGCCCAGUUCCCAAACUGAGACUAUUCUGGUGCAGAGCUACUUUAAGAAAUCAACAGGUGCUGGCAAUGAAAUGCCCUUCAGCUGGAAGAUAAAAGAUUAUUUGGAAGAUCUUUGGGUUCAAGCUCAAUACAUCCCUGGUAAUGAAGGUGAGAAUCCAGAGGGAACACACAGAGAAUUACCCGUAGGAGGGAUCCUGGAUUGGCUUGUGUCUCUCCUCAUGUGUAGAUGAGCUUUCUACACAUCCAUCUAUAACCUGGGAAAACUCUCUCUGACAAACAUUUGUUAGGGGAGUAUGGGCAUGGUGUGAGAGAAUGGCAGUAUGUGAGGCUAGCCUCUACAGCUCUGUGGACCCCCUCAACACUUUCAUUCAUUGAGGGGUUAUUUGUCCCCUCCCAUAUGGAAACAGCCAGAAGCAGCUUGUUAUGGCUUGAGGGGUAUUGCUAAAAAUAAUUUGGGGUACUGAUGACUACUAAAAACAUUGCUAAAAUGAGACACAGUUCUGCCCCCGCUCAAAUCUUUGCCCAAACUUGACAUGCCAGGUUUUAUAUUAAAAUAGAUAGUUUAAAAAGUCUAGGAGAUUUAGCAGGGAAUCUUGACCAGCCACUGUAAACAACAGAGCAGUUUCCAGUGUUAUGGGAAAUUGAUAAGAAAAUUAUAGAGCAAUAUGCUUUAAUAAAGUAGCACCGGUGAGAUGCUAUAGUAAUUAAAAUUUUCAUAUAACUUAAAUAUUCCAAUUCUACUGUUGUCCUACAGACAGAUUUGUAGGCAUCUUUCAGAAGAAACCACUGGGGCAAUAUAUUGCUGAUCUCCCUGAGGAAGAGAGGGAGCACCUUUUUCACUGUUACGUCAGAGACUUCAUCCUCCUGACAAUGGGUGUUUCUUCUCAUAAGGAGCUAAAGGUAAGUACCGCAACAUGAGACAUCAAGAUGCUUAGAACAUUGUGUGUGCCAGUUGUAAUGCCCAGGAGAUGUGUGCUGUAGUGUUUGACUGAAACACAUACCUCAGCAGCAUAUGGCUAAAGUAGAUGAAUAUCACACAGACAUGGAAUGAGAUGGUGAUUGCACACACUUGUUUUAUCUGAAUGAAGAAAAUUCCAGACUGCUUGAAAGCUCAUGCUGUUAGAUCUCAACAAGUAGGAUUUUGUCCCCACUUCCCUGUCCUAGCUGUUCCAUAUUCAGUAUUCUCUCACUGCAUCAGCUGGGGGAUCUUGAGGUGUAGCUACUUAAAUACGCCUGCACAUAUAACCUCCUGUCCUGUAUUUAUCCCUUAGGAUGACUUAAAAAUUUGAUUUCGACUUCCAACCCUUGGGGAUGUUUCUUUGAGUUGAAAUCAUUACAACACUAGAGGGGUUUCUUCCCCUUCACUUUCAUUUUACAGUAGCAUGGCAAGUAGAUCAAUGCACAAAAUAUCCCCUCCUACUUUAUUUUGACUCUGCCUUCAAUCUACUGGAAAAUUCCCUACGGUAGAAGUUUCUGACAAGUUGUUUCCCCAGUCAGGUGGUUCUUGGAAUGACAGCAGCCUAAGCAAGGCAUUUGCAUCUAAAGAGGUUUAAUGUCUGUCUUCUGUGUUCAGACGAGCUCACCAAAAAUUAAACUAUGAAAUGUGUUUUCAGGUAAACUAGCUCCAAAGUGUACACGCCCAACUGCUGUAAACAAAAGUGAGAAAAAGUCCCUGUACCUGUGGAGUGAGAUACAUUUUACCCCAGUAAUACAUGCAUGAUUGAAACAGUUUUCUUGAAUGUGUUAUAAUUCUAAAGAUAAAAGUCUCAUCUACAUAAGAAUCUGUAGAUAUUACCGCACAAGAUUUGCUUCCAGUGACAUUGUUUUUCAAUUUCUAGUUGCUGCAGACAGCUCUCUUAUCAUGUAUGGAGGAAAUGAAGGCUGCUUCUUCCAAUGCAGAAGAGAGGGUGCUGCCCCUCCCCUUUAUCCAUCUUUGUUACCGUCAGUUUAGUCGUCGUCUGCAAAACCUUUCCAGGAUUCUUGCUGUGUACCCUGAUGUGUCCAAUUCUCUCACAGAACAUAUUGAGAAAGGAGACAGCUUCUUGCAUCGCCAAAUGGUAGGAAUCAUAUUGGGUGGGUGGUAAUAUUUUAGUCCUACUAGAAAAAGUGUGUUUUUAAAAUGUUAGGGAAAAUGAUAAUAUCUUUUAAGGGCGAUUGCUGAAAGUCACACAAGGCUUUAACAUUUAUGUAUCUUAUUUGUUCUUUGAUGCUCUGAUAAUUAGUCUCUUUUGUAAAUACAUACAAUCAGCACAAACCACAGUCUCCUUACAAGUGCAGGAAUUAGAUUGAUCUAUGAUAGGGAAAGCUUACAAAUGAAGUAGGAUUCCAAUGAAAAUUCCUGACUAAACAAGGUGUAAAAAGUUUAAUGUAAAUUUACCAAGUGAAGAAUAAAAUGCACAUCUUAAAAAGAAAGACUAAAGGAAUGUGUCUGUUCCGUUUUGCCAAAAACCAAAAAAAAACACACCCCAUAACAGAAAACUAAGUGGAAAUGUUUUUCACCUUUUCUAUUGACAUAAUCUGCAGGGAAGUCAGCUAUGAAGAUUGUGGCUAAUACAGAAGAGUCAUGAUCUGCUUAUUGAGUUAGGAAUGUGGAUAGUCAUAGUUCGGCUUGAGAGCAGGUUCUCACAUUUUCCAGAUUGGCAGUUGAAUUAUUUAUUCUGCUUAAUGAAAGGAAAAGAGUCAUAACUUGAUUUUUCACACCCGAUUUUUAAAAAUGAAAUAAAUGUUACUAUUAUUUAUUGUCCAUGUCUGUAUUAAAGCCCUGUUCAUGCCUGAUUGCUUAGGUUCUGGAUGUGCUUGCUGCAAUUGCUUGCACUGAGAUGUUGGAAGAAAAACUGUUGAACUGCAGAUCUCAAACGUGGCUCCAGCAGGUGAAGAAGCUUCAAAUGCCAAUUGAACUUGUGUGUACAGCAAACUACAUUCAAAGCAAUGGGACCCGAUGUGACCAGCUGCUCCAGGAACUCAGGUAGGUCACAUGGACCAAACUGGAGGUAGAGGAAGCACUGGAGAGUUGGACUCAGGUGCCAUCACCAAAGACAGGCUGCCAUCUGCGUUGAAGCAAACAGACUCAGCCACCCCAUCCCCUGUAGUUCUGUAUACAGUGGUACCUCUGGAUAUGAACAGGAUCCGUUCUGGAUCCCCGUUUGCAUCCUGAAGCGAAUGUAACCCGUGCCUGCGCAGGUUGCGAUUCGGCGCAUGCGUGUGAUGUCAUUUUGACCGUCUGUGCAUGGGCGAGCGGCGAAACCUGGAAGUAAUGCGUUCUGUUACUUCUGGGUCGCUGCGGAUCGCAACCAGAAAGAACUCAACCCGAAGCGUAUUUAACCUGAGGUAUGACUGUACUUGCAAACACAAUCUUCUUGCUUGGAAUGAGCAACAUGUGAAUGUUCUUGUUUUUACUAUGUAUUUCAUGUUUUUAUCCUGUAUUUUUAUGUUGUGAACCACCCUGAGAUCUUCAGAUGAAGGGUGGCAUAAAAAGUUAAUAAAUAAUAAUAAAUAAACUCCCCGCAAAACAAGGAGUUUAUCUGGAUUUUACUAAAGGACCUUAAAUUAAGUCGACAUGGAUUUCUGAGGCAGGAAGAUGUUUGGGAAUGUUAGAGGACAGGACAUGCAGAGAAAUAUUUUAUUCAGCAUUCUGUAUCAUCUUUCUACUCUGGUUUUUUUAGCUAAAUAUGAGAUGCUAGAUAUGUUACAGGUGACUGGAAAGAGAUCUUUGUUUUCUCUUAAGCUAAGUACAGUGGUACCUUGGUUCUCAAACUUAAUCUGUUCCAGAAGUCUGUUCCAAAACCAAAGCAUUCCAAAACCAAGGUGCACUUUCUCAUGGAAAGUAAUGCAAAACGGAUUAAUCCAACCGGAUUAAACGGAUUAAACGGAUUAAAACAACCCCUAAAACAGCAAUUUAAUGUGAAUUUUACUAUCUAACAAGAGCAUUUCUGGGUUAGGGUUAGGGUUAGGAUUAGAAUUAGGGUCAGGGUCAGUGUUUUAUGUUUUCUUGUGAUUUUGAUUCAUUUCUGGUUGGUUUGCUGGGGAGCACCUGGCUGCCUUCAGGUGGUGCGGGGGCUCUCAGAUGCAGCUUCCGUGCUGCCUCCACCUUCCCCGACCCCAGCAACUAUUCAGCCUGGCUGCCUUCAAGUAGUGUAGGGGCCCCCAACCAGUUGCUGCUUGCACAGGAGCAGGAGCUGGAUCGGGGCUGCUCAGCUGGGGAGGUGCAAGCUCCAUCACACUUUCCAUUGAGGGGUUCAUGGCUGUACUCCCCUCAAGGGAGAAGAUUAAAGGAGCCCCCACCUCCGCCUCAGAGCCCCUGCACCACCUGAAGGCAAUGGGGGUGAAUAGUUGCUGGGGUCAGAGAAAGUGGAGGCAGACCGGAAGCUGCAUCUGAGAGCCCUUGCACCACCUGAAGGCAGCCAGGCGCUCCCCAGCUGAGCUGCCCGAUCCCACUCCUACUUGUGUGCAAGCAGGAGCAGGGGUGGGAUCUCUCAGCUGGGAAGGGAGGCUUCGCACUGCCUAUCGGAGCAGCCCUGCUCCCGCUUCUACUUGCUACAAGCAAGAGCAGGCUGGGUGGUGGUGGCGGCGGCAGCGGCAGCGACAUCCCUUACCUGCUCGCUUGCCACCCAGCCCAGCCUUCCCUCACUCAGCGCCGGGACUGCUGAAGGAGUGGGUGGUUGUUGUGGCAGCGGCUGCCUGCUCACUUGCCGGAAAAUGGAAGUGUGGCACUCAAAAUGGAAGUUAGACUCAGAACGGAGCAUGUUCGGCUUCAAAAAAAAGUUCGGAAACUGGAAAAUUCAUUUCCGGGUUUGAAUUAUUCAGGUUCCAAGUAGUUCAAGAACUAAGCUGUUCGAAAACCAAGGUGCCACUGUAUAGACCAUUAAUUCCCAGUAUUAAACCAACAAUUUGGAAGAUGACAGCCAAAGCCUUUUGCUUUCUUUCCUUAUAAACUCUAGAUACAAGAUCUUAUUUAAGAUGGGUAGAACUAUGUGAGAUUGCCAGCAGCCUUGAUUAAUAUUCAAGUUUAUGUUUUGAUUUCCUGUCCCUCAUUUGGUUUUUAUGCCUCCUUUGCCAGAAAGCCUUUCCUGAUAUACUGAAUGAUUAUUACAUUGGCCUGCCUCUCUACUCAAUAAAUCUCACUCACAACCUGUAGAUUCCACCUGUUUCAGUAGCAGAAUUUAUUUGCUAUUGAAUUGUAGGUGAACUGUAAUUCCACCUCAUCCACCUGCAAUUUCUAUCCAGGCUACAUCUUCCUCAAAAAUGGUCACAUGUUUUCUCAAGUUGCUAUUUUUGCGCAAACAUUCUUUUGAAGAGCUGGGCAGGUUGUCUAAUUCUGGACUUCCUCCUCAACACAGGAGCCAAUGGAAUAGGAUUUUCUCACUUUCCCUCUUCGUGGAACAUGUGCUCCUUGGAGUGGAAAUGCAGAUUCCAGAGGUGAAGAACCUGGUAAAAAAGUUCACCUCGCGCCUUGGAAAAGUAAGAACUCUAUUCUCACUUGGUGCAAAGCAUCUCUUUAUUGUACUAAGGAAGUAAGCAACAUCCUUUUCAUUUUAUUUUUUUAACACAGAGCAUCAACAUCAUCAAAAAUUCAAGAAGGCAAAUAACAUAAAACAUGAGAAUUGUUGUAUCUAAACCAGUAUUAAAAGCAUUCGACACAAAGACCAUAACAGAGCAGUGUUAUUGUAGUUACUGUGGUGAUAAGUGUUUAGAACCGAGUGGAACAGGAUAGUUUUAUCUGUAUGUUCCUAUACUUUUAAACUUCACUUUUGGAAUGUGAUACUAUUGCUUUUGUUCUUUUUAGUGUUUUCAAGGGGGUUCAGACAUUAAAACCCAUAACACAUUCUGUGCAGUCAUGGAUAUCCUAUGUCAGUGCAAGGAGGAUGCCAGUUCAGUGUUUUGCAGGUAAUGCCUUUGGGAUGAGCCCAUUCCAUUUUAUGAGAGUGCCUUUUCGGUUCCCCUUGGAUCCUGGAACUGGGGGCAGGCUAUGUAAUCCUGUACUCAUUAUGAUUAGGAAGGGGAGAGAAAUGCCACUACCAAGCCCAAAUGACCUCACUAGUGCAAAUUCUCAGGCAUACCUGCAAGCAGUGGUUCAAGUCCCUUCAUGCUCACUCUUGGAACAUAGUGCACAAACGGAAGAAAUGAGAGUCCUCUUAACACAGUACUCACAUAGCUCCCUGUGCAGGGCUUACAGAUCUGCUGUGAGGGAGUGGCUUACCAAACAGGGCAGAGUACAAGGGAGAAGGGGUAAUAUAGCCCCACGCACCUUUUGCAUGCCUAGCAAAAAAAACCAGUGGUAAAAGAGCAGGAGUAGUUUCUUAAUCGCUCAGCCACAGCAACAGACAGGUGUUGGGUAUGUCGUGAGGCAUUUGCCUUUUGCUCCCACCCCCAGCUUCAGUGCCCACGCAUGGAUGCCAAGAGGGCAGGGACUGCAGGAGGAGCCACUGGCGGAGGAACAGGGGUGCGGGGGGAGCGCACCGCCCCCAGCGGCACGAUCCCGGUGGCGUGCCAUUGCGGCUGCUCCUCCCCCCUGCGCUGGGCGCCACGCCUCCACAGGCAGCACAUCACGCCCCCGGGACACACGCCACUCCCCUGGGACGCGUGUCAGCCAUGCCCCCGCCUUCUCUCCACCCCACCCCCCUUCCGGAGCUUGAAGCUCUGCCACUGGGAGGAGCUUUAGACAGAUGGAACACCAUACAUUUUAUAUUUAAGAGUACAACCCCAUGAUUGUUUGUAUGUUUUGGAACAUGCCGUAUAGACUGCAUGGACCAACCCAACCUUCCCCUUGGCUACUAACAGCACACACACCCCAUACACAUCUUGCUAUUUUGCCCAGUAAGCGUGUUCUGCCUAGUAGUAUUCCUGCACACCUCCCAUUCCUCACUUACUUACUUCCCACCCUGCUGUAACUGCCUCAGACAUGUCAGCAGCAGCACCCAUCCCUUUUGUGUGCCUUGAGACCUGCCAACUCAUAGUCAAAGGAGCAGUUGGUGUGCAGGCAUCUUGGGUAGGAUGCCAGUAACUGCAAAAUAUAUAGGCACUUAUGAUGACUCAAGAACAGCAAUGGAACAGUCAAAGAAUUUCAUGUAGCUCCUAAGCCUGUUUCCUUGUCGCUGACCUGGGCAGUGAGCUAUAAUUAAAUAUACAUUAAACCCACAUACAUGUUUGUGUUAUAUUCACAGUUAUGGUUUGAGGCCAUGUCCAAUUUGUUUGGAAGAUCCUAGGGAGCCAGUCCACCUUCCCUGUGAUCAUGUUUAUUGUCAUCAAUGCAUAAAACAACGGCUGGUACCAGGAGAGAUGAGCUGUCCAUUUUGCAAAGUUGAACUACCAGAUGACUAUUCUCCCAAAGUAUCUGAGGAGAUCCGGUAAUGCCUUAUUGAUUGGAUUGAUUGCAUUUAUAUCCCACAGCAGUUGGUAGUUCUGGUGAUAAUUUCAGCUUCUGGCCCUUAAUUUCUGAGGAUUUAAUCAUUCCCUCUAUUAUCAAUGUUUGUUGGAGCGGGGACGAUCUUUGGGUAGCUAAAAUGGCAUAAUGCACACACAACAAGGUGAAAUUUACAGGUUCAGGGGAACCCCAAGGUUUGCAGAAGUACAUAAAACCUUUAGAAAAAUGCCUUAAGGAGCAACCCUUCAAAACAUAGCAAUGUGUAAUGAAAUGGUGUAUCCUGCAAGAAGGCAUGGCUAGUUGGAUUGACCCCUAAACUUGACCUUAUUUGUAGGUCCAGCUUAUAACACUCUGUUGGCCUUGCAUUUUUAGCAUUGCCCACAAACUAUGUGAUGCAAGUUCUGCAGUUGACUAGAUAAGUAAUUCUCCCCAAUUCUCUUCCACCACCACAGUGUUGCCAUUAAAAAAAUGACCGGGUUCCGCAAGUGUUGCAACAGUUUUUUCAUAGAGCUGGUUUCUACUAUGUGUUUCAAAGACAAUGAACCCCCAGCAAAAGCUGUGAUCCAAGAGCUGUUGAACCUCCUGUUUGUUCACAAGCCAGCUUUGAAAGGUAUGUUCAUGUGCUCCCAGCAAUUUGCCCUACCCUGAACGUAUUGACUUCUUCAUGUCUCUGUACCAUGUUUCAUUAUUUCUUUAGGUCCAAAUGACUACAGUGUGUACACAAAAACUCUAUCCCCCUUUAACGAUGUGGUGGAUAAAACCCCUGUAAUCCGUUCUGUGGUGCUAAAGUUGCUUCUAAAAUACAGGUAAGGGACUUUUAUCUGGGACGUGCAAAUUGGGAGCUAUAUACCCUGCUUCUCCUUCAGUGUUCACCCCACUGAUACCUGCUCUGAUUUCCUUGAUGUCGUAGUGGUCCUCAUAUGAGUUCAGCUAUUGCUUUUCUGAAACUCUGAAGGCUCUCCCCCUUAGCCCUGUUGUACAACUUCAUCUGAAUGCAUACUUCUGAUAGUGGAGGUAUCCUUUCAUUUUUAGAAUAGAAAAGCAUGUGCCUGUUCAUUAAUAAGGCGAGGUUUCUCUUUUUCUAUAGUUUCAAUGAUGUGAAAGUCCAUGUUCAAAAAUAUUUAUCGGAAGCAGAAUCAAUAUGUAACCUAGACAAAGAAGACAAGACAGUACUGUACACGCUGUUUGCCAGCUGCCUUGAGGUAAGUAUAUUUUCCCCAUAACUUUUCAAGGUACCUCCAGAUGUUUUGAACUCCCAUCAGCCUCAGCCAGCAUGACCCAAUUGUCAGGGACAAAGGGCAUUGUCUGAAAGUUUCCAGAUUGAGGAAGGUUUCUGUAAGACCUGUGCUGUGCUCCCUGUAUACUUUCAGUUUCUUUUUGCUUUGCCAUAGUCUCAGGUUAUGUGGGUUUUCAGAAACAGAGAUGCAGCAUCUAUAAGGUCAGCUCUGCCUGUAUACAUGUACAGGAGAGCAACUGAUUAGACUAGAUUUUUUUGGCUAUCUGGUCUAAUAAAUUGCAGCGGUCCAUUGUCUUCUGUGGAAAAAUGAGAAGCAGCUACAGUACGAAAAACGAGUGAACAGGCUGCUGUGCCUCAUUGUGACCAAGUGAGUUCUGCUUGAGGAAUAUUUGGAAAUAUGUGGCAUGCUUCUUAGUACUUAAGGCUCAUGUGGCCCUUUCCCCCACUUAAGUGAAACUUGAAUAAAGAACAAUUAGGAAAACCUUCCCUGCCUAAUUAACCAGACUGGUUAAAGAAGGGUAAAAGCAAAGCCUCUGAAAGGGAAGCCAUUCCUUAGAGCCUUCAAUAUGGGCAUGAUAAAAUCAAAUAAUUAUGUCCUCCCAGCCAAGGUUUCAGAUGCCUCUGCAAGUUUUGCUUUCUGAAGUGGAUGACUAGGGUCACUUAAGAUUCUCCCUACAAUACUAAGUGUUAUGUACUGAAGUUCUCACCCUGGGCCAGCAGGGGGGAUACUGUAGAUAGUUUUCACUCAGGUCCACAUAUGCAAAUAAGGAAUUGAAAGAGACAUUCAAUGAUUGGAUAGUUGUUACUGUUGCGUUGUAGUGGAGCUCUAUAUAAGCAGGCUGGCUGAACCCUUCAGUUCAGUUCUGUUCUGGGUCUGUGAAUAAACAAGAGCUAUUUGAAUAAUUACUGUGUCGUCUGAUGUGUUCACCCACAACUUAACACUAAUGGCUUAUCCACACCUCCAUUUGCCACUUCCCCCUGGGAAAACCCACAGUUUAGCGUUGAAUCAGAACCAACAGCAACUGGGUUUUCUGCAGAUUGCUGUUUGUUCAGAUUUAGCACCAAAGAGCUCUUUUUCCAUGGCAAGGCAAAGGCAGAACUUCUCGGAUUUGUGCCUACAAAGCAUGAGACAAACAGAAAACUGUUUGGACCUGUACUUUCUAGGCAUGGGACAAGGGGAAAUGUGGAAAAGCCCUGAGCACUUUAUUUUCUAGCAGUGUCAAUGCACGCAGUAAUAAGAAAUGCUUCGUUCAAUAGAUUUAACAAAGAUUGGUAUGGUGAGCAAUGGUGAGCAAUAACUGGAAAACAUUAUGUUUCAUUUUUCAGGAUUCUAUGUGUGAGAAAUUGGGAGCCUCCUCAGAGAAAAGCAAGGCAAACUGCCUGAGAGAAGAUGGACGCUUCCUAACAAACUACAUAAAGCAAAGCAGGAGCAGCCAUGAAACCUCUCAAGAAGUCACCAUUGAGUACUUGCAGGGAGUGGCCCACACCCGCCUGUGUAUGGAUAGGGCUGCACAGCUGCUCUUUGAACUUCAUGGAACUUCAGGCAAGUGGGAUUCUGUUAAACCGGAAUAAAAUAUGUACCAAAUAACUGGUGUAUGAAAGAGUUCCUGCCGCUAGAUGAAUUACAGGAUGGGUUUAUCCUUUGUGUCCAUAUUUAACAGAAAAACGAAAUACUGGUUCUGUGCUUCUGUAGUUGUCUUUUUCCUACCAGUAGAUUUGUGCUCUCUUUUGAAUGCAAAGCUUUGUAUGAUAUUUGUUGUUCUCAGUGCUUCUGAAAGUGUUGGGUCAAGGUAAAGGACCCCUGGACGGUUGAGUCCAGUCAAAGACGACUAUGGGGUGCGGCGCUCUUCUCUGCUUUCAGGCCAAGGGAGUCACCGUUUGUCUGCAGACAGCUUUCUGGGUCAUGUAGCCAGCAUGACUAAACCGCUUCUGGCACAACGGAGCACCGUGAUGGAAGCCAGAGCGCACAGAAACAUGUUGGGUAUUAAUAGCUUAGCAUAAUUCAGAAACAUUUUCCUUUUUCCUUUCUCUCUCCAGCUAGUAGUCAAGAAACAGAGAAGCAACACUACCUGCAAAAAGUGAAGCAGUUCUGCAGUCAGAUUCAAAAUGACUGGUACCGAGUUUACCUUAUCCGCACACUUACUAAACAACAUGGGAUGGAGUUCACACAGAGACUUUCUAAUGAAUCCGAGUUUAGCUGGAUAUUUCCAGCAGAAAUAAUUCAACAGGUAGUACAGCUCUAUCUUGAGCACUCACCAUCUUAUUAAUUCUUGGGCACUAGUUUGGAUAAAGUAGAAAUGGUCAAAUGGUGUGUAUGUUAAGGGGGAUUUAUUUUUUUAAACGAAUGUAUUUUGCUUAGGCUGAGAAUGUGAUGACUUGCCCAGAGAGGAUAGUGAUUAAAUGGAAUCAAGGUAUGACAAGGGCAUCUUUCAGAGAUACUUUUAAGUAUAGUGAAUCCUGCUUUGUACCAAAGAGUUCAUACUGAAUGACCCAUGGAUCCUAUCAUAGUGAUAUGAUAUUCAUACAAUUUGCUUUGAUGUUUGCUUAUUUCUUAUCUAUGGUUUAUUAGGGUUUUUACACAUUGCUAUAAUAGAAGAGCAGAGUCCCUUUCCCUCCUCUCAGCUUUCUUCCACCCCCCAACCUCAUGCCCUCUUUUCUUUUUUUUAAGCAACAGUGUUUUCAUGUCUGAUAUUCAGUUGUAUCACAUGCUAUAUAGUGUUUAGGCUUUAAACAACUGACUUUUUGUACUCUGUGCCUCAGAAAUCUCAGUCCAGUCAGAUUGAUCAGUUCCUGGUACAUGGCAAGAACUAUAAAGUGGUGCGUGAUGCUUUGGGAAAAGCAGUGAUAGAAUGCCAGGCGGAUGGCAUUGCAGCAGCCUUGAAGGUACAGCUAUUUAAUUCUGGCCAAAACAGCUCUUCCAUAUUGACAUAAAGAGGACUGUCUCUGAUUCUGUAGUGUAAUGGUUCCUAAGGGGGUUGCUCGUGCGUAAGCAGGUGCCUAUCUUCCUGGCUGGGUGCAAACACCUGGCUGGGCUGCCAAAGUGAACCUCCUCUGUCCGGACAGCCACUCGUCCGUGGCUGACUCAAUCGCUGGCAGAAUCCGUGAGUGGGCGUUUCUUAAACUUCUUCCAGCAAAGAAGUUCUUUGACGCUUAGUCUCUGCCUACCUUCUCUGCGCAGAAGCCUUCUGCGGAGGGAGGGCGUGGGCAACGGAGGACCCCUAAUCUCCUCGCUGAUCCCAGGCAAGGAGUCAUGAGACCGCCUCGCCACUUCCCCCACCUGCCCCCCUUCUCCACUGGUGCUACGCUGAUUCUCUUCCCCAGAAGAUGGGCUGCUUCUCCCGAUCCCUGGAUGCCCUCUGGAAUCCCUCUGGCUUUUGCGCUCUCCCUCCAGUACUGAUGGCAGUUCCCUGACAUGUAGCAUUUAGGAUUUCAUGUGCUUCUGGUGAUUUUCCAUUCCUUCUUUCCUUCUAGAUCUGGGCUGUAUUAAAGUGGUUUUCAUACUUAUAUUUAAAUUGUCCCAAGCUGUAUUCUGAUACUCUCUCCCAGGGCUUAUCAGAUUGCAAACCUUUAUUGCAUUGACUGGAAUGUUAAGGCUAGCAAAUAGGAUCUGAGCUUCAGUGUACUGCAUGUCAUAUUAGAAACAUUGACUCUACUAUAAAAUCAUUAUUAGUGGCUGAUUUUCUUCACAGUGCCAUUUCAUAGUGUGCUUUUAUAUAUCGUGUUCCAUAUUGGGGUGGGGCUACCUACAGGGAGAAAUUUGGCAAACUGAAAUAUGUUUGCUAUAGCUGAUAGGACCUUAUUGACUACCAAAUUGGAAGUUUCAGGAAACCUUUUACAAAGUUGUGCCUUUUGUUUCCUUUUUGGCCACACAUAUAUAUUCUAUAGAUAUAUUUGGACCAAUGCACUUUUAAAAAUAUUUGCGAUCUGGUACUUUUUUGUUUUCUGCAAUGCCCAGCACUAAUAUCCAUGACUGCUGCUGGCUAAAGAUGUAAGUUUUACUCUUGGUAAUCUCUCUUUCCUGCCCUCUUCUCCUCUCCACAUUCUGAUUUCAGGAAAGUAAUGGCUCCAAGUCUUCCCUGGCUGUUCAUUUUCUCUUGGCUGUCUUCAGAGAGUUCACAUCUCUGUAUGGAUGCAAGGAGCCAAGUCUUCAUCCAAAGCAGAAGGUAAAUGUCUUUGCCUUGGUGCCAGUUUGCAUGUUGCCUUGUGCACAAGUGCUGCUUCCUUAGGAGAGAGGAAGAUUUAGGAUAUCAAUUACAGAACUGAGCAAAGGCUGUCGUUUCCCCCAACUUUCAUUUGAAAAUCCAUUGAAGUGAGUCUAGUUGACAAAUCUCACCUUACUUUUUGUGAAAUAAUUUUCUUCUUAUUUCAGCAACGUGAUGUUAUCAAGGAGUUCAUCCAGAGCUCCAACAUUCUUCCUUCUCCAGAGUUGGAGAGAUUUGCAGAAUCUCUGAUGGAUAACCAUCCCCCCUCACUGGCACUGAGCCCCCAAGAUUCCAGCCACAAGAGGGUAGUGAUUGAAAUGGCAAUUCACACUGCUGCUGUCUUGCUGUCUGGCCAGAAUCGAAUCCUUGAACCUUUAAGGAAUCUGGCAUUCUCACCUUGUACCAUGCAGGUAAAGAAAUGAAUCUUCCGUUUUCCUUUGCAAUUCCCAUCAGUUCCUGCACUCAUUACUGCUUUACUUGCAUUUCCCAUUGUGUUAUUUUGGAGGAACUGACGGUGUGCAAUGAGGUAACAUUUCUAGAUACCCUAAAUGAAUGUGCCUUAGAACAGUUGGCCAUGAAUCUAGAGCGGCAUUCUGGACCUGAUGCAAGAUGUAGGUGUUGUGGGAGAUUGACCAUAGCCCUAUUAAACUAAGCAUGCAUAUAAAUGGCCAAUAGCCAAGAUGAGCCAACGCGGUCACAUUUGAUUUCAAAAGAAGAAAUUUCACCAAAAUGAGGAGAUUGGUUAAAAAAAAGAGGUUGAAAGGCAAAGUGAUUUCAACUCACUCCAAAAUGCUUGGGAGUUAGAAGCUCAACUGGGGUAUAUACUACAUAUCAGGAAAGGUACUAUAAGACCCCUGGACAGUUAGGUCCAGUCAAAUUUGACUAUGACGUGCGGUGCUCAUCUCCACUUUUCAGGCCAAGGGGGUCGACAUUUGUCUGCAGACAGCUUUUCCAGGUCAUUUGGCCAGCAUGACUAAUCCGUUUCUGGCACAAUGGAACACCAUGACGAGUGCCAGGGUGCAUGGAAACACCAUUUACCUUCCUGCCACAACAGUACCUAUUUAUCUUCUCACAUUGGUAUGCUUUCGAACUGCUAGGUUGGCAGGAGCUGGGACAGGAGCUCACCCCAUCACGAGGAGUCGAACUGCCAAUGUUAUCAGUGUGAAUAACGAGCAAAUAAGCAAUUAAGAGGCAAGAAGCUGUCUUUUAAAAAAAAAGGAAGGCUUGUUCAAAUGAAGAGAACAAAAAGGAACACAAACAUUGGCAAAAGAAAGUGCAAACAAGCAGACAGUAAAGGAUGCUAAAAGAAUUAAAGGAGCACAUUGAUAAAAACAUUAAGAUUGCAUUCAUGUGGCAGUUUAUUCUAGUUUCACAAUGUUUCCCUAACUGUUAAUUUCCACAUUAUAUUUAAGUUUGCAGAUUAAAUAAAAGCCACUUCUGGAAUACAGUUCGUUGUCUCCCUCGUCCUGCAUUAGAUAAAUUCAUAGAGGACAAAUCCAUCAACAGCUACUAGCCAUUUCUCUGGUUUACCUCCACUGUCAGAUACAGUAUUCCUUUUAACAGCUGCUGCUGGGAAUCUCAGGUCGGCAGAGUGCAGCUGUUCUCAUGUCCAGUUUGCAGACUUCCCACAAACAUCUUUUUGGUUGCUGUAAGAACAGGAUGCUGGACUAGAUGGACCACUGGCCGGAUCUUAAGUACUUAUGUUUCUGUUAGUGGCCAGCAUGUUUUAGUGGUAGCCAACAUUGGCUAGAGAUGAUGAGAGGUGCAUUUCAGCAACAUCUGGAGGGCACAACAUUGGCUACUCCUGUUGUAGUAUCUCAGAUGUGUCCUCCUUGGUUACUUGAGCAAAUGAGUGAGCUGUUAACAAGUCCUCUGAAUCAAUUUGGUCGUAGUCAUAAGAAAAUAUUCCAUUGUAUGUUGUAGUAAUAUCGCUUUGAUUAACCCUCUCUCUGCAGAAAGCUUUUCUUCCAACAAUGCCUGAAGACAUAGUUGCUCAAGCUAGGGAGUGUCUGAAAACAGAAAGCUUAACCUGGUAUAGUAAGUAUCAUGUUCAGCCUUGGGAGUGAGCUAGAGAGAGCUAUUUUUCCAGAGGUGUUUUCCAGAAAGUGAAAAUUAAGGAACAUGAAAUCUUGCUGCUUCCAGAUACCAUAUUCUUUAGUCAAAUUAUACUGCACUAGCCCGUCUAUCUUAUAAAUAGCAUAUCAUUCCAUACUAUGGAAGGGAUUGGGGAGUAAAGUUCAGAGGGAUGGAAGAACCAACCAACCAACCAACCAACCAACCAACCAGCAAAUGCAUUUCAAGUAAUAUAUUUUGAUUACUUGCCUCAGACCACAUAAUGUACAAUUGUGUUAUGAGCAAUUAUAAAGACAUUGGGUUUUAUAUACCAAUCCAAUAGGCUCUUUACUUGUCAUGCCCAUCCUAGGUUUCAACUUUAGCUGCUAUCUGCAUGGAUAUAUAAAAUAUGAGAGAAAAGUGAGAGGGGAUACGUCAGCUAGGUUUCGGGUUUUUUUAGCAACUGUCCUCAGGCAGAGUGUAAAUAAUAAAAUGGAGGAAGAGAGGGAGGGAGUGGGAACUAUCUGUAAAUUGGGGUAUGGUUUUAAGUUAUCCAACAACACAUGGAGGGUAAGAGAAGACUGCCAGAGUGUAGCUUAGGGUAGCUCUGUGUUCCAUUCACUGUACCAUUAUGCUGACUCUACUUUCCCCUCCCUCCUCAAAUUAGCAUGUCGAAAUGGCCACCCCUGUGUUAUUGGAGAGGUAAGAGCUUUCACUAAUUAUGUCCUUGAUCAAGUUUAUCACCUUAACUGCUAUUUGUGCUGUAUUUUGUCUGUAUUUGUUUUCUCUUUGCAUUAUAUCCUGCUGGGAGUUUUCACAGUUGCUUACACACUUGGAGAAGGGGAGACAUAUCUUGACCAUGGGUCAGUUGGACUUCAUGGUAAGCAGAGCCACAUAGGUUGAGCUACUUUGGUUGUAAUGUUUGCUCUUGUCUUUCUUCCAGUGUGGUUUUCCUAUGCAAACUGGUCGAUGUGUUGAUUGUAAUGAGCCAAUCGGAGGUGACAACCACAUGGCAUUGCCAGGAUUUCAGAAAACUUUGUAGGUUUUUAUUUCCAACUCUUGGAAUUCUAAUUAAAUUAUUGAUUAAUAAGUUUUCAAUUAGUGGUAUUUGCAAACUAUGCCAGUAUGUCCCUAUAAGUUGAAUCCUUGCCUUUUGUAACCUUAGAUCGAUCAUCCCAUGAGAUAGCAAUUACUGACUCACACUGUCUGCAAAUCAUAGAUCUUAAAUCUCUUUUUUUGUAGCAAGCAUGCACUUUCACUAUGCAUUAUUCCAUUCAGGAUUGAGCACGAUAGGACACAAACUGGCCAUGUUCUUGGAGACCCUGAAAAAAGGGGAGGCAAUAUAGCCUCUGAGAGGGAGAUGUCACCAGCUGUCUUAAUUUUGAUUCGCUUGCUCACUCAUUUGGCAUUACUUCUGGGAGCCACAGAAAAUCCUCAGGUAUUUUUAAAAGAAAACUAUUGCCAUACGAUUCUACAGGAUAUGCAUUGCUGGGAGGGAGCUGAUGAAGACUUACCAUACGUUUCGCUCUAUAAGACGCACUUUUCCCCCUCCAAAAAUUAAGGGGAAAUGUGUGGGCGUCUUAUGGAGCGAAUGCAGGCUCCAUGGCUUCAGCCGAAAGCAACUCGAAGCCUCUGGAGUGCAGUGGGAGCUCCCGCUGCACUCUGGAGGCUUCGCGUUGCUUUCGCUGAAGCCAGGAGAGCAAGAGGGAUCGGUGCGCACCGAUCCCUCUUGCUCUCCUGGCAUCGCUUUGCUGGAGAGGUGCUGCGCAGCUUUCCCUCUCUGUGCAGCACCCCUUCAGCGAAGCGGGAGGAGAAAUGGAAGGGGCUCCGUUUCUCCUGCCGCUUCGCUGAAGGGGCGCUGCGCAGAGAGGGAGAGAUUUUUUUUUCUUGUUCUCCCCCUCUAAAACUAGGUGUGUCUUAUGGUCGGGUGCGUCCUAUAGAGCAAAAAAUACGGUAUUCAGAACUGAGUUACUUGAAAAAUCAAGUCUCCUCGGGUUAUGUAAGGGGAGGUCAUAGCAGAUGCUAGUUCCCACAAUUGCAGCCAAGAGUCUUUACUAUAAAGAUAUGCAAAGAUCACUUAAUGGAUUUGUGCAAAAAUUCAGGUUUUGUCUGACUGGUACUCUGCAUGUCUUGCAAUAGCACUGCACAUUGAUUGCUCUGAAUAUUGCAUUCUGUUAUUGAAGUCCCUACUACAGAUCAUAAAGCCACCAGUUCAGGAUCCGGUGAGCUUUCUCAUGCAGCAUAUUCAUAAGGACUUGGAGCAGCUGAAGAAUACUCUUGGGAAGAGUGCUGAUGAAACCACCAAUGUUGUCCAUCUCAUUCUUUGUAGCCUUCUCAAGGAGCCUCACCAACAGACAGGCCAAUGUAAGGAGAGCAUCUUGCAGCAUGUGGCUGCUUACAUAAAUCAGUGAUAAAACCCGCAGGAUAGACUUCGGCAUUGUAUUUCAAAGGUGGUAGUGGCAGCAGCAGUGGCCCAGUUGGCAUUAUUUGUUGUUCUGUAUUUUGUUGCAAAAGUCCCUUUCAGAGCUAUGUAGGGUUGAAUUGCAAUAUUGAUUAUGAUAAAGCAAAGAAUUAUAGGAUGUAGUAGUAAUGAACGGUCAUAUAGAUACAUUGCUUUUAAAAGCACCUUGUUUUUAAGACUAUGUUGUAGGAAGUGCUGCAAAUAAUCUUAAAUGACUGCCCACUUUACAUAGUUGUCCCAUCCUAAAUUCAGUAUGAUCACAUCUUGUGCAGGGAUUACAUUUUGGGGAUGGUGUGUAAAUGCAAAAAGUGUGUACUUGAAUCACCCCCAUGCGACCAUCCUUACCUUCUGGAGCAGGCAUGCUGAGUGGGCCUUACCCCUUUUAAGCUCUCUGUCUUGCUCUCUGGGCUCUGGGAUCAUCAUCAUCAUUAUGUUGCCGCCUUCCAGACCUCUUGUGGAGGAGGCACAUGAAGAAGGGCCUCAGAAAAUGAUAGCAGGGUCCAGCUCAGUUUGUAUGGCAAGAGGCAGUCACUGAGGUAUUGCAGUCCUUUAAGGCUUUAUAGGUCAAAACCAGCACUUUGAAUUGAGCCCGGAAACUAACUAACAGCCAGUGUAAUAUGCUCAAACUGUCUUGCCCUGGUGAGCAACCUGGCUGCCGAAUUCUGCAGCAGCUGAAGUUUCCAAACCAUCUUCAGAGGCAGCCCUACGUAUAAUAUGUUGCAGUAAUCAACCUUGAGGUUGCCAGAUCAUAGAGUACAGAAGUUAAGCUGUCCCUGUCCAGAUAGGGGCACAGCUGGGCCACCAGCCAAAGUUGAAGGGAGGCACUCCAUACCACUGAGGCCACCUGAGCCUCAAGCGACAGCAAAGAAUCCAGAAGUACCCCCAAGCUACAUACCCGCACCUUCAGAGGGAGUGUAACCCCAACAAGAGCAGGCAACUUCCCAUCCAUCUGGUCUAGGGAACAGCCCACUAACAGUGCCUCAGUCUUAAUCUGGAUUGAGCUUCAGUUUGUUGGCUCUCAUUCAGUCUGUUACCGAGGCAACUCAAUGGUCCAGCUCAUCCACUGCCACACUUGCACGUGUAAAGGAGUAGAGAUGUGUGGCAUCAGCAUCUUGCUGACAAUAUACCCCAAACCUCUGAAUAACCCCACUCAGUGGUUUCAUGUAGAUGUUAAACACCAAAAAGAACAAAAUUGAACCCUGAGGAACUCCACAUGGAAGGCUAUACUUCCCUCCCCUCAUGAGAUCUCAGAGGCCAUCCAACUUCCUGUCAGAUCUCAUGAGAGCAUCUUAAAAACUUGCACAAGAGCAUCCCAGAGCCUGGUCAGCAAGGCAUAGAGCUUAAAGGCUCUUUCAGGUCCAGGAAAACCAUGCACAAAGGGAGCUUUUAAGUUCUCCGCCUUGUGUGCACUUAAUUUGCACAAAUUCAGCUGGAUGGCUUUCACCUGCACAAGGUUGAAAUCACACAAGUUUUGCAUGAAGGUAUGAUUGUACUGUAACUUCAUGCUAGGAGAGAGAGGGGAAUGACACACAAUAAAUGUUCUUUUGCAGGGAGAUCUGACAGUCUACUCUCUACGAAGCAGUACAGAAAUGAUUGGGAAGGAGUUGUUGCUCGAAAUGUUGUUCUUCCAGAACUAAAGGUAAAUAAAAUUAAGUGCAUCACUAACAGUACACUGAUUUAAUUAUUGAUCAAUGGAUCAUAUGUAUUCCAUUGCUAAGCCAUGUAACAGAUAUACAGUACAAUGAUGUAUGCCUAUGACUACAGUGAAACACUGAACAUGCAUUUUACCUGUUUAUGCAGAAGCAUAUCUGAAUAUGUAGAGAAGAAAUAUUGUGAGUGCUGAGUGUGAUAUGAUUGGAUCUACAUCUCAAGGGAGACAAUAACAUUCAGCCAAUGAAGUGCAAAUAGGCAUAAUAUUUCGGAAGAGAUUACCGUGCAUGUUAGCAACAUAAGAAACUCAUUUUUUAAAAAUCUGAUUUAAUGAAAAUAUGCAGGACAAAUGUAAAUGAAACAGUAUGCCCCUACUAUAUUAGUUGCACAUGUAAAAAUCCAUGGCAAUAUUGUCCUUGGCAUGUAAAACCUCUCCUGCCAUGUUCCCCUUAAAUUUCAAAACAGGGAUCAAGGAGCUGUAAAGACCAUCCCCCCGCCCAAAGAUCUAAUAAUGAGCAGCCACUAACAAUAAUUGUCUCUCCUUCUUAAAAUCUGUUCCACAUAUGUGUACUUUUAGGGAGAAAUAUUUCUCCAAAUAUUGUCAUAUAUACAUCUCCCAAGACAGAUGCCCCAGUUGUGGUUUUGAUUUUCAGGGCUCUUCUGCCCUCUGAGACCAAGCUAUGUGUUGGAGAACAUGAUCUACUUUCAAGGUGAUUUUGAUACCUCUUUCAUGGCACUCAUCCAUUGGCUCUGCCAUCACUGGAGCUCUCUUCACUUAGCGCAAUAAAUUACUUUAACAUGAACACAUGGAUAAGGACUUCAGCUACACUUCCAAUAAAACCUCUCUGUAUUAUUCCUUGCCUUCUUAAAUGCCUUUCAAAUGGAAGUUAGAUUAGUGAAUGCUAACGCAGUUGCCAAACAUAAUUGCAGGUUAUGGAACUGAGACAUUGAUGCUAAAUCUGCUCCAACCUAGCCAGUAUUCUGUAUACUGGCAAACAUAUUUUUGGUGACUUUUAGAGAGCUGUAUUGUUGGAGACUGACAUGGAAAGGGUUUCUCAAAUCCUUCCAAAAAUAAGGAAAAGAAGGUCAGAACUUUUCAUUGCUCCAGUAGAAUCAGGAGUGAUACCACUUCAUCUUAAGAAGGGGCCUGCCCGAUUGGUUCAAUUAGGUUCUGUUUUUAUAUUUCUAAAUAAAGUGAAACACAAAAUCUCCAGUGUUAUCUCCUUGGAGAAAUCAGGCAUUUUAAACAAUUGAGCGAUACCUUUGUUGGGACCAACCAAAAUGUCACAAAAGUGUGGCAAGCUUUUGUGUUCUUCACAAAAAUGAUGAAGAGUUCUGGAAAACUGUGACAUUUUGAUGGGUCCCAAGAAAGGUAUUGCUUAACUGUUGAUUUUGGAAUAUAUUCAUAGUUAGUGGACACCCGUAAGCUGGAAGCUCUUUGUCCUUCAGAAAUUCCACUAUCACAUAAAAAAGACUAUUACAGUGGUACCUCAGGUUAAGUACUUACUUCGUUCCGGAGGUCCGUUCUUAACCUGAAACUGCUCUUAACCUGAAGCACCACUUUAGCUAAUGGGGCCUCCCGCUGCUGCCGUGCCACCGGAGCACGAUUUCUGUUCUCAUCCUGAAGCAAAGUUCUUAACCCGAGGUACUAUUUCUGGGUUAGCGGAGUCUGUAACCUGAAGCGUAUGUAACCUGAAGCAUAUGUAACCCGAGGUACCACAUUAUUAUUAUUAUUAUUAUUAUUAUUAUUAUUAUUACACCAAAUUUUACUUGUGCUAUUCUGUUCUUUUUCAUGGUAUCCCUGGCAGGGGGUACAUUAAUAAUGUUUCAUUUUACUACUUGCUUAUUGAACAAAAAAAUCAGUGAACUACCAUAUUUUUUUUACUUAAGAAUAUUUGUAAAACACAAUGCCCUAUUUAUCAGAAUGCCUGACAUGGUGGGAGGCUUUUGUUUUCUUUUUUAGAAAGAGGCCACUUCUUAUAAUGACUCGCUUUCUUUUACACCCAUGCAGUUUCUGGAUAAAACACUUCUGGAUGUGAAUCAACAGAUCAGUGAAGAUAAGACAAUGGCUUCCAACUUAAUAGCAAAAAUUAUAUAUGGCGACCCUGCAACCUUCCUGUCUGAACUACCCAGCAACAGCACUGUACACUGUUCCAGGAUGUGGAGCUGCAGGAAGCGGAUUUCAGUUGAGCACCUGGAGCAUGUUGUCCAGCAGAAAGAUGGCAAGGAAACGGUGCCCAUCUUGUGGAAGUUUUUGCAAAGGGUGAGCAUGUCCAGUUCUUUACCAGUGGCCCUUUCAUGGGGUAUAUGAGUCAGAAACCAAAGCGCAGGCACUAAAGUGCAGGCCGCUCUUCAUAAUGAAUGUGAGCUAAUCUUCAUAAAUAAAGGAAGUAAUACAAUACACAGCCCUGCAUCUUCCUUUCACUUUGAUCUUAAGAACAGAUGCUCUCCUGUCAACUACUUGUCAAAAGCUGAUAAACUUCAAACAAUGCAGGUGGUUUGACCUUUUUAAAAUCAUAGAUAAUUAAUCUGUACUAUUAUUCUCACUCUGUACUAUUAUUCUCACUCAAAUACUAUUUUUACCUGAUCACUUGAGGCUCCUUAAUGAGCACAUUCUCCAAAGGUUUAACUAGCUAAAUGAUACAUAAAAAUAGGAUUCUGGGGAGUUAGGAAAGGACUUGUAUGGUACUGCACUAUUACCUAAUCAAAACUUCUCAUAGUUUAUUUACAACUAAUGAGUGGAAAAAAAUUAUAUGAGGGGGAGAAAGGUUGUCAAAUUUUAAUACACAGCCCUAAGAUAAAAAUGACUCCUUUCAAAAAUUAAUGUGAUUUUGAUCAAUCCCGAUUUCACCAUUAAAAUAUAAAUCACAAUGGGGAAAUUGAUUAAUUUGACAACCUUUGAGCAUUCUUUUUGCUCAGUAUAAAAGCUUCUAUUUCACUUAACACUACUACUAACUAAAGUUUGUGUAAAAUGUUCUAUAUAUGUUCUUCAAUACUUAUUACAUCAAGAAAAUGUAUGGCCUGUUCCAUAACAUACAGUGGUGCCCCGCAAGACGAAUGCCUCGCAAGACGGAAACCCGCUAGACGAAAGGGUUUUCCGUUUUGGAGGUGCUUCGCAAAACGAAUUUCCUAUGUGCUUGCUUCGCAAGACGAAAAUGUCUUGCGAGUUCCUGCGGGGUUUUUUUCCUUUCCCCCCCCUUUUUCCCAAGCCGCUAAACCGCUUAUCAGCUGAUGGCUAAGCCGCUUAUCAGCUGAUCUUUAAGCCGCUUAACAGCUGAUGCCAAGCCGCUUAUCAGCUGAUCUUUAAGCCGCUUAACAGCUGAUGGCUAAGCCGCUUAUCAGCUGAUCUUUAAGCCGCUUAACAGCUGAUGCUAAGCCGCUUAUCAGCUGAUCUUUAAGCCGCUUAACAGCUGAUGCUAAGCCGCUUAUCAGCUGAUCUUUAAGCCGGCUAAGCCGCUAAUACUGUAGCGCUAAGCCGCUAAACCUCUAAUGGGCUUGCUUCGCAAGACGAAAAACCCGCAAGACGAAGAGACUCGCGGAACGGAUUCUUUUCGUCUUGCGAGGCACCACUGUAUCUUGGAAAUGCCUUUUCAAAUUCAGCAAACUUCCUACUUAUCAAGUGGAAAUGUAAUCCUAUUAAAAAACUGGCAGAAAGUAGAAAAAGUAAUUCAAUAAGUGUAGAGGAGGAGGUUUAAUUCAGGUAUCUUCAACCUUUUCAGUUUGACUUGCCUUACUCUGCUUCAUUUCUAGGAAGCUGAAUUGAAGCUGGUGAAGUUUUUGCCAGAAAUUCUGGCCCUGCAGAAAGACUUGGUGAAGAGCUUCCAGAACAUUUCUGAGCUGGAAUACCAAACAAUUAGAGAUUUCCUCAACAAGGCUUCACCAGGUGAGAUUGCCAUGCCAUAGAUCAAGUUAGCAAAGCAUAAAUAGCAUUAAGGCAAGUGAUUCACACCAAGUUUUAAACUUACAAAACAGCCCCAAUGACAGGAGAGUUUGUUAAUUUGUGUACAGCAUAUCUAUCACUCUAUACCCAUUGCAUGCCCAAAGGAGAAAGUCAAAUGGAUUCCUGGGGAGACCAUCACUUUUAUGAUUUUGGACAUAUUGUGUACAAUCAAAGUACAUGAUAUAGGCAUAAUGGACACAAUAGAAGUACAAUUAAGGAUGCUGAACUAGAUGACCCCUCCAGCAAGGCUGCUUUUAGAUUCUAAUUCUUUGUAACAGAUCUAACUGUGCUUGAGGCACUCUUAGAAAGAGCUACAGAACUUCACAAUCUUGACUUGCAGUUUGACUUGCAGUAUGCUUUCUGCAGAAUUCAAGAAUCUUAUGAAAAACAGAGUGAAUAUAUUUCUGGAUGUAUGGAACAAGCUGAGAUUAUCCUUGGAAACCCACGGUAAAUUGCCAGUUUACAUUGUUAAAUUUAAUGUACUAAAUGCAUUCUGUUAGACUGGAAAAUAUGUUUAGAAACUGUGCAUAAUUUUUAUACAGAGUUUUGCUUAUAAAACUUCAAAAAUGUAAAUAGAAACAGAGCACACUGAACUUUUAUCCACCGCUAUCAACCAGAUGAAGAUCUGGUCUUAUUUAUUCAUGGCAGGCCAAACUUUCCCUUUUAUUUUUUAACUUUGAAAGAAACUCUCUAGCCUUAUCUGUUGAAGUCUAAAUAAACUAUUCCUUCUAGUAUUCUCUCCCUUUGCAAUACUCGUUUCCCUUUAACAUAGAGAGAUUAAUUGGUAGGAUGUAACAUGAUCCAUUUGUUCAUCCAGAAUGCCCAAGACUUGCUUCUGGCUUUCAGAAAGUAUUGGAGUCAACAAAUGAUGAUGAUUUUUUUUAAAAGCCAGAAAUGAUCAAAAAGAAAAGGGGAGCACUCACCAGUGGUCUUAGCUUGUUGCUCACUGAUGUUUCCUUCCUCCAUUGCAGGUGAAAUUAAACUUCCCGAAGGUUAUUGUGAUACUGACUUAACCCUGGAGAGUGAGUUUGAGAUCCUUUUGCCUCGCCGACGUGGCCUAGGCCUUUGUUCCACUGCCUUGGCUAGUUAUCUCAUUGGCCUACACAAUGACUUUGUCUAUGCCGUAGAAGGAUACACAACAGAUGCCAUAAGGUAUGCCUGUGUAUGCAUCUGCUAGAAUCCACACUUCUUCUUGCAAUGUGACAGAUAGCCUUAUAUGUUGCUAAAUCAGCAGCAGAGCAAGAUUUCUCAUUCUUGUGCUCUCCCUCCCCUUCUAAACAGAUACUCUGUCAGCCCUGCUGAAGUGACAGAUCUGCAUGUGAUUGCUUACAAUGUGGAGAGGGACUUGAUCCCAUUGAUCCUGUCCAACUGCCAAUAUAGCAUGAAGAAAGGAGGGGAGGCCCUCCAGGAAUUCGAUCUGGAAAAAAUUGAGCAGCAACUUGCAAGUAGAUUCCUACAGGGGAAGCCCUUAAUCACAUUGAAAGUAUGUAUAAAAUGAUUGUGAUGCUGCCACUUAGCUUUCUUGGUGCCUGUAAGAUCCAUCUCUCAUCCCAGAGAACGUUAUUGCAAAGCUCUGCUCACUGGCAUAUUUUCUGCUUUCUUCCCUAACAGGGCAUACCAACCCUGGUGUACAGACAUGAGCAAAACUAUGAGCAUCUCUUCAAUGAUAUCAACAGUAAGCUGAGCCAGGUACGCUUCUGAGAUGAGCUUCAUGGUAAAGAGAUAAGGGAGACUCUGGAUUUGAACCUGUGUCUUCCUGAUCCUAGUCCAACACUAUACUAUAUUUGCUCUCUGGAGACUGAACAUGAAGUUAUGACAGCCUAUGCUGCAUUUGGCUAUGUUUUAUAAUUGUUUCAUAUCCUGUAGGGUUGCCUGCAUUGCAUGCUCAUCUUUUCUUUAAAGCAAAAGGAAGCAGUGAUGAAUGUAUUCUGGUGGAUUUUUGUUCCCUUGAAUUACAGAUUUCUCUUCCAAAUUCCACAACUGGCAUAAUCAGUGGGAAGUUGCUAUCCUACAGUGACAUCUGUGAAGCGCUGUCUGUCACCGAAAUAACCUUAGGAUUCCUGGCUAAGGCUGGAGGAGACUCAAAGAUGACUUUGACUGAAUAUGUUGAAGAUAUCCUGCAAAUGGGCAGUCAGACAAAUGACCACGUGCUGAAGGUGAGUGCAGGGGAUCAGGGCCUUAACUUGUCUCUAUGGGGUAAGUGUAAACCAGGCUAGACUAAAAUAAUAAAUUUAUCACUUGCCCCCAGUUCAAGGAAGGCAGCUACCAUUCUCCCUACCCCAUAUUCUUCAUAAUUUAUCUUUGCUCCUCAGGUAGGAGUGACCGCAGGCACAUGUUCUCAGGUAGCCCUUUGCAGUCCCCUAGAACAGCUUAGUGCAGCCAGUGUUGAGACACAUUUAAUUAAAAGAGGCUUACAGUAUGGCAAGAGUUGGGAAUAUGCCCAGCCCUUCUUGCCAUUCUUAGAAGGAUGUGUGCUGGGGAUGAUGAUGAGCAAUGGUCAACUUUCAGUACGAGUUCUGCAUUCAGUCCCUACUCUUGCACAAGUGAUGCAGGAGAGUGCACUGCAAGUGAUGGGACUUAUUUUAUUGAAUCAUUCUUGUUACUUAGUUGAUUUUUUUCUCAUCAAGAUUGCUUCAGUUACCUGGUUCUUGCCAGUUUCCCUGCUUAUAGUUACGGCGGGUUAGUUGUAUUAGUCUGCUACAGUGGAAAAAUGCAUAAAAUCAAGUGCCCUAUGACAGCCUAAAGACUAAUGUACUGAAUUUGUAAAUCAGGUGCCACAAAACUUGUUUUUGCUUAAGUUCUUAUAUAUGGGUUCUUUUAAGCUUCCCCAUCCCAGUUCUAAAUUUGUCUUUCAUAGCUUUUGUAAAACUAGUUCUGACUUGUAACUCUCUUUCAAAAAACAGAUGUUUGUGUGUUUCUUUCAGGCACUGAGCCAGUGUCACCUUGAGCACACCAUUGCACUGUGGCAGCUCCUUUCGAGCUAUAAAUCCGAACAGCUGCUGCAUCUGAAAAGGGUAGGAAGGACAAAGUGGGGGAAAGUGUGUGAUAACUUGAUGAUUCAUUUCUCUGUUUCCCCCUCUGCUCCUAACAGUGCUGUUGUGUCUCUCUUCCUUACCAUCUACCUUCCAGGAUCCCUUCGCAGAGGUUGGUGCAGCCUAUAAAGAGGAGCUCACUGCAGAGAACACAGAACUCCUCAAUGCCUUCCUUAUGCAGGCUGGGCUGGGGUCCUUCCUCCAAGAGUUGCACGAAAUGAUCAUCCUGAAGCUCAAACAUCCCAAAGAUCAGGAAGAGUUCAAGCCCAAGUGGAGGUAAGAGCCUGUCAAGCCCAAUCUUUGCAUAUUUUCUUCAUCACCUAAAUCAGGGGUCGGCAACCCGCGGCUCCGGAGCCGCAUGUGGCUCUUUUAUACCUUUGCCGCGGCUCCGGGGUGGAUACUAGCGAGGGGAGGAGGCGCAUUGUGCACCCCGACACUCCCCACUGUGGCGGGCGCUGUACUGGCUGUGACGUCACAUGGGGGCGGUGUGUGCGUUAGUCACGCACCGUCCCGACGUCACCUUCCCGCCCGCUGUCAGAUCAGAGGGCAGCGGCGCGCAUGCAGGUCUACGACUGCGAGGAGGAAGAUGACGUCCCUGUUUUGGUCCCCCGGUAGGCCAGCCAUGGAUAAAGGCAAGAAAAGAAAAAUUUCUGAAGAAAACGGAGUGUUUAAUGAUACAUGGACAGAAUCAUUUGCAUUCUCUACUGGAAACAAUAUAUGCAGUGUUAUAUUUGUUUUAAAUGUUGCAAUGGUUUUGUGGCUCCCAGUUUUUUUCCCUUCGGAAACGGGUCCAAGUGGCUCUUUUUGUCUUAAAGGUUGCAGACCCCUGACCUAAAUGUAGCUCUUUUUGUGCUCGUGAACAGUGCCAUGUACUGCAGAAUAGCUGAUUAUACUUUGUGCUCACUCUCUUUCUCUAUUUCCCAGCCUUAGGUACACACUUAUUUCAUACCUCGAAAGGAAAGGGAGCAACAUAUUAGAAGAACUAGAGGAUACAUUCCCAGAAGAGAUCCCGCUCUCCCAGUGUAUCGCUGCCUGGAAAGUGGCUGCCGCUCUUAAACGAGAACGAAGACUGGGUUAAUGCAGCAGCGUCAAUGGCAGACAGUGCAUCCUCUCUUCUUGCCCAACCAACUUUUUAAAAAAAAAUUACUGAAGAGCAAAGUACUGGAUUUUUAGGUCUUGCUUUCCUUGCACUAAGCAAAAAAAAACCCACAACAAAACCCCAAAAAACAAAACUAAAGGAGAUCCUAACUGAAAGUGUAAUUGCACAUUAUUAGGAAUCAUUACUGCUUCAGAAGCUGAAGGAAACACCUACCCUCCCUACAACUAACUACAGUGGUACCUCAGGUUAAGUACUUAAUUCGUUCCGGAAGUCCGUACUUAAUCUGAAACUGUUCUUAACCUGAAGCACCACUUUAGCUAAUGGGGCCUCCCGCUGCCACUGUGCCACCGGAACAUGAUUUCAAUUCUCAUCCUGAAGCAAAGUUCUUAACCUGAAGCACUAUUUCUGGGUUAGCGUAGUCUGUAACCUGAAGCGUAUGUAACCUGAAGCGUAUGUAACCCGAGGUACCACUGUAUAUAUUUUCCCCAUAUAAAAUGCAAGUUAGUGAUUCAAUCACAUUCAAAUAACGGGGUAGAAAAAGCAAUUGGAUUCAAUAGCCAGAACUAGAUGUGUAGUGUCACAGGCCGCUGGGUCAGAGGCAAUGAACUAAUCCUCCUUCUCUCAGGUAUUUUACUCUGUGCAAUGGUGUUCACACUUUGGCAAGAAAUGAAUUAGCAACGGCUGAAGUACACCGAUGGGUGUGAAGCUGAUUUCAGAGACGAUGCAUCAAACAGUAGUUUUUUAUAAGCAUUUUAUAAAGAAGUACAGGAUACAUAUUUUGGGUAACAUAUUUUGGGUAAUGUGAACACAUUAGAAGCCCAGCACUGAAAACUAUAAGUACACAGUUAAAUGAGUGUGAACAUGGCCCUAAGUUAUGUCAGUGCUUAGUCAAGGAAAUAGUUCAGGUAGCUGCCUUAAAAGCAAUUCAGUUAAAAAGCACACACUCAGGUGUGAACUAAGUUGCCUUUAGCCUAUCCCCCCCUCUUUUGCCCUUAUGAAAGAACUUUUAUUUCUGUUGGAUAAAAACAUAGAUAUUAAUUGGUAUUUUUGAACAUGCAUGCAACAAAAAAAAAGUGUAUCUGAUUUUCACUGCACUAAAUUAGGAUUGUGUUUAAUAUGACAUUUGAACUGAGUGAUUGAGCUGUGAAUCUGAUGUGAAGACAACAAACCUCACACUUCUUCUAUACAUCGUUAAUGAGUAAGCAAUACUCAUGGUCUGCUUCAGAGUUGUGCUUACACAAUGCAUUGGCUAAUGUGAUGUCAUUAGCAGUGGUGUUCCAAUUCAUUGUGCUAACAAAGCAGUAGACUUGGAAUCCUACUAUGGAUGAGCCCAUGGUCAGUUUUCACCAAUGUAUAAGAGCUCUAUUGCUGCUCACUCCAUUUAAUAAACCAAAUGUUUGCUACAAAAGGCGUCCAUUGCAUUAACAAUGACUUGUAUUUAUGUGCUAUAGUAGGGAAAUGCUGGAUUAUUUAAAUUCUGGUUGAGAAAAUAAUCUUUAAACCAAACUAUUUGGGGAUGGGGGUUGAAUUGUUUCAACCAUAAAUGAGCUCAAUUCAAUAGGUGCAGGCACCCUUACCCAGUCCUGCAGAAAAUUGUUUCUUGAUACAGAAGUAUGUACACCAGGGGUCAGCAAACUUUUUCAUUAGGGGGGUGGUCCACUGUCCCUUAGACCUUGUGCACAGCCGACUAUAUUUUGAAAGAAAGAAAAAUGAACGAAUUCCUAUGCCCCACAAAUAACCCAGAGAUGCAUUUUAAAUAAAAGGAGACAUUCUACUCAUGUAAAAACACGCUGAUUCCUGGACCAUCCACGGGCCGGAUUUAGAAGGUGAUUGGGCGGGAUCUGGCCCCCCCAGGCCUUAGUUUGCUUACCCAUGAUGUAGACACGUCAUUCUUCCUGGAACUGACAGAACCAUUCAGCAGACUUCUCUUUUUAAAUGAUCGCAAGCAAAGGUUUACUGCAAGGCAUUCAACAAAGGGGUAGGUGUGCAAUGUCCCACAUUAAGUGACUGCUUGUUCUCUGUUCAACAUUAAAAGACCAACACAUGGACCGUGGUUCCAUGAACAUGUUUUUUCUUUUUUGGAGGGGGUUGUACAUAAUGCUUAUUGCCAUUAUGUGGAUGGCCUGUGACUUUUUGCACCUUUCUCUAUAAACAUCCUUCCCCUAUGCAUGGUCAGGAACACAGAUUUUCUUGAUUGGUUCAUUUGGUUAUCAUUCUAGAACAGGCUCCUAGAGCUCUUUAGAAAGUUUAAUUGCUCCAGAGAAGCCUGUCUGAGGGCAGGUGAUCUACAAUCUGCCAUUUCACAACAGCAGUUUAUUAAGACAACUUGAAUGUUACAUAAAUCCAUAGGAGUUAUUAAGCUCCAUUCUUCUUAAAAUGUCCUUCUCAAGCACAAUAAUGCACUAGAAGGAGGAAAAGAAGCCAGACCUCCAGCCACCCUGUGUGUGUGUGUGUGUGUGUGUGUGUGCAUAAAUGUGCAUUUAAAGAGUACUCAUUUUAAGUAUAACUCUAGAAGUGUAAACAUUUCCAAGAAGACUCAACCCACAGUCCUAAUGUAUUUGAACACUUGCAGAACAAAACAUUAAUUUUGCUUUCUAUUCUGGUAGGCCUGUCUUUGAAAAUCAUGCCUCCCAGAUACACACAGCUCUAGAUUUUUCCUAAAACCACAAUUUCCCCAGACAAUUUGUACUUCUUUUUAAAUCAGAUUUAUUAUUCAUUCUUGAUCACAAGAGUUGUAAUUUAAACCUGGCAGCUCUUGUCUUUUGCCUGUUAUUAACAGCAGCACAGUAAAAAAAUAAUAAUGCUCAUGCCAUCUCUUGCAUACAAUAAAUAAAUUAGGGUAGCCAGGUUGCAACCUGAAGAUUCCCGGUUGCAAACAGAUCAAAAGCACUUACAGCUGCACCUUAAAAAACAUGACUGCCCAGCUUAUGCCAAAUAACGAUUUUCCUCAACAGGUUCACAGGGGGGUUAUGGGUUCGAACCCCACAUUGGGUGAAAGAUUCCUGCAUUGCUGGGGGGUUGGACUAGAUGAGCCUCGUGGUCCCUUUCAAUUCUGGUGGCUGGUGGUGCAACUCAGGUCUGACAUCUAGCCUGAAACCUCCUAAGAAAGUCAAAGGUUCAGGUUGCAUAACUAGUUACUCUCCUAACUAAGAAACAAAGGCCUGACCAUAUUUUUGUCCGGCACCAAGAAACAGGUUAAGGAUGGCUGCAGAAAAAAAGAGAUAACGAUGUUUUGACUGGAAGCACUAUAUUAUGAUGCCUCUGCAUACAGGAUCUUGGGAAUCGCGUUACGAGAGGAGGCUUCCCACGGGCAGCUGUGAAAACAAGGUGCUGGACCACAUGGGCCUUCGGCCUGAAUCCGGCAGAUCCCCUCCUUACGUUCUUCCGUAGCUCUGGGCUGCGUCAAAAGGUGUUUGCCGAUGGAUGGGGAUAUUCGGAGGUGACCCGUUGUCCCUUCCCCCGUUCUGCCGGUUUGGAACGAAGCCAAGCCCUGCCCUUGGAUGUCUCGCGGCCAUCGGGAAUUCCCCGUUUCCGGCUACAGCCGGGAGGGAGGGGUGGACGGAGCGGCGAGGCUGAGCGGUGGUGGGUGGGGUGGCGCUCGGAAACGAAACUAUGCGCAUCCUCCAAUAAGAAGAAGCCGAGCGGCGAGGGGGAAAGCGAAACUUUGCCGGCUUGCCUUGCUUUGCUCAGCUGCUGGUGCGUCAGAGAGGAGCGGGCUUCGCAGAAGCGGGGAAGCGUCCUUUCUGCUGAGCUGCGGGGUAGCCAUUGCGGAGUUAAACGGAGGUGAGUAACACGAAGGUGGCAGGUGUCGCCUGUGGAAGCAACCUGGCCGGCUUCGCGGCGUGACCCGUUAAAACCUUUUGCAGGCACCUAGGAUAGAAACCUCUGCUCGCCUCCAAGCGGGGAAGGUGGGGGUGGCUUUUGCUGUCGCUUCUGCUAAACUUUUUGCAAGCUCGGGAUGGGGGUGGGGGAAAGGUUGGGACACGUUUUUGUGUUCUUUUGCCCGUUUGCUUUUUCCCCGGCCGUGGGUGGCGGCGGCACCUGCGUGGAUAUUAAACGGAGUGGAACUGCAAAGGGGGAGUGGGGCACGGCUUGUUACAUCGGUUAUAUAUAGGACAGUUUGCAAAGUUGGGCGAGGAGGGUCGGGUAGCUUUCCUGGGUCUCCGCUAUUGCCCUCGCUAUUGAGGUGUGCUGUUGGUUUUGCUGCGGUGGGAAGACGAAAAGGUUUCCCCCCCCCCCCAUGAUACUGUGAAUUUAAGCAAGCGGCAGACCCUCCAAAGUCUGCUUCUUUGCUUUUGGGCUGCGGGUCAAGCGCCCCUCGUCGACUUUCUGUUUCACUUCCGUGAGCAGACGCUGGGCCUUUGGAACUUUCCUUUUUUAUUUUUAAAGAAGUAAUGUUUAUUGCAUGCUCAUGCCGGAGACAAUCUCCUGGAUCUGGGAAGGAUUCAAUGGCUGGAGUAGCCGGGUCAACUUCUGGAUAAUGGCCUAAGUAUGGGCCGUAAAGGUAAGAAAGGAAGUGGGGCAAAUAGGUGGGCCUCCUUCCUCAGCUGGCUGUGGUAGCUAAGCGAAAGCCCUAGGUUUGAUUUUUUUUUUUUGAAAGAGUGAAAUUUGUUCCAAUUUGUGUGGUAAAAAUAGUAAUUUGCUGGAAACCAGCGCAUAAUGUGUUGCAAACAUAUAAAGAAGGUAAUCUCAAUGAAUUCUCGGGUUUGUAGUGCAGCACCAGCUGCAUCUACCAGUUGUAGGUGAGGUGGAGAGACAGAGACUGAUCACCUGUUAUAUUUGCAUAGUGGCUGCUGAUUGGGCCAUUGCACUAUCUGGCCCCGGGCCUGGAGUCCAGGGGUUGUGUGUGCUGAAGUGAAAGCUUUUGUAUCUCUCUCUCUCUCUCUCUCUCUCUCUCUCUCUCACUCACUACAGUAUUAGAUAUGGGGAAGAGCGGAGGCAAAAUUUACAGACCUUCUGCACUCUUCUCUUUCCUAUUUCAGUUAGUAGUGUCCAAGCUAUUUCAACAUGUAUGUUCCCAAGAUGCUAUUUUGACACCAAUAUUCUAGUUUUAAAAUGGCAGCCGUCUCCAAGUGCCCAGUGUGGGGAUGGGCCUUGUGCCUUGCCACCCUUCAGUGGGUUUUCCUGACACGUUUCCCAAUCCUUUAACAGUUGCAUGUCAUAGGCAGAAGUUAAGUGGGUGUAAGUGCCGCUUUGUCUCUUUGCUGCGGAAGGACGGCUUCUGCCAGGAGAUUUUGAGGUGUGAUCCUUUUGGGAAUCCGUAUAAAUAAAUAAACCCCAGAGGUGUUGUGAGGUGACAAGAUCUUCCUGUCCUCAGCACCUUGUCUCAAGUGGAGGAGUCUGAGGAAUGGAGCCAACUUUGUCUUUUCCCAUCGCCAGUGUAGGUGGAAUCGUGAGGCAGCAAUUUGUGUUUGGCCUCCUCAGAAUAAAUACAUACAUAUACACACAUAUGUUCCUUUGCUGUUAAGGACUUGUAAGCCAAACUGCUAUAACCUUAAAGCACAUAAGUAGCUGUGCAAAUAAGUUGCAUUGUAUUUAGCAAAAUAUCAGGCAGUGAAAGAGAAAACCGAUGGGAGAUUACACUUGAAUUGGGCCUUGCUGAUUCAAUGAGACCAUUGUGGGUUGGUAGUUCAAUACAAAAGCACUCUCCUGGUCAGUGAUAAAUUGUGGAUAAUGGAGUACAGUACCGACAUAAAGUUUAGCAGUAAUGCAGUAUAAGCUUUGAAAUCUUCAUAACUGCUUUGUGUUAUCUCACAAUGUUUAUGAGGUGGACAGGAGAAAUGGUUCUUAGUCUUUAAAGGGUGAAUGGCAUUUCUUGUGUGAUUUAAGACAGGCUGCAGUUUCUCUUUGGUUAGUUACUUAUAGAUGAAGGGGAAAGUGUCUUUGUAUAUGUUCAAAGAAACCUUUUUCUUACCCAGUUUCUAAAUGUAAAUACUGUAAUUAUGACCAGAGAUAGGUUGGGGGUGAUACUAAAUGGGCACACUAAAAAGAACAGGGAUGGGCCUACAAGAAGAAUAGUACCUGCAAGAGAGACUUUAAAUCACUGCUCCUUCUAACCGGUUUUAAGGAAGAGAGCAUGGGUGAGAAGACCACUUACUACCAUACUAGCUUUGAUUAGUUGCACACUUUGUAGUAUUAAAGUGUAGGUAAACUGAAGGCAGAAACUGAGCGAGAGAUGUGGUAAAUGCCCAUCACCACUACGCCCACACUUAAAGCAAUAUACAUAUACUGUACCAUACUGCACGGCCACUGCCAAAAUAAAUGUUUAGCUCAAAAUACUGACCUGCUUAGACACCAAACUACCUGAAGGAGCAUCUCCACCCCAUCAUUCAGCCCAGACACCAGGGUGGAUUUGAUUUAAAUCAAAUUGAUUUAAAUCAUGAUUUAAAUCACUAGUCAGUAAGACUUGAUUUAUUUAUUUUUAUUAAUUUUUACAGGAAGACUUGUUCUUGCUGGUAUAAUCUUAAUAUUUACAACCAGAAGAAGGUUUCAUUUUUAUAAUAAAUAAAUUUUCAGAGUAGUUUUUACAGUUAUAUAAAAAAUUACUGAUUUGGUUAUACUAUUAGAAAUACAUAGACAGAUACUUAUGAAAUUAUUGUGAGGUUUAAUAAGUUAACUGUUUAUAUUUGGACAACUUUUCUGAUGUACUUUAUUGGAAGGAGAAAAAUAAUCAUUUUCUUAAUAACAGUUUAAACAAGUUAUUUAACAAAAUCAAUAACAUUAUAGCAUAUGUAUCCAUAUUUGUUAACUGUUGUGCUUAAAUGUUGUUUCCCCCCAAAAAAAAUUUAGACUGAGCUUUAGCACACAUGAAAAACUUAAAAUAAAUCUUUAUUUCCCAAUGAAUAGCCUUUGGACUAUAAUGUAACUUAAAUAGAAAACUAUCUUUAGAAAGAUUUUUCCUCCAAAAGCAUUUUAUUUUUAAAAUCCGAUUAAAAUUUUUAAAAAUCAUAUUUUUUAAAAAUAAAAAUCUUUAAUUUUUAUCUACCCUGCUGGACACUGAGAUCCAGCUUCAAGGGCCUUCUGGCAAUUCUGUCACUGCAAGAAGUGAGGUUACAGGGAACCAGGCAGAGGGUCUUCUCAGUAGUGGCACCCGUCCUGUGGAACACCCUCCUAUCAGGUGCCAAGGAAAUAAACAACUAUCUGACUUUUAGAAGACAUCUGAAGGCAGCCCUGUUUAGGGAAGUUUUUUAUGUUUUAAGUUUUAUUGUGUUUUUAAUAUUCUGUUGGGAACCACCCAGAGUGGCUAAGGAGGCCCGGCCAGAUGAGCGGGGUAUAAGUAAUAAAUUAUUUUUAUUAUUACUUAUUAGAACAUCUUGCGACAGGUUUGACGCAUUAUGACUUAAGUUUAUGUCUAUUCUUGGUUAGUUUUAUAAGAAUUUGUUAGGGUUCAUGAGGCAAAAUACUUUGUAUGAGAAGUAGGAUUGUUACUGUUAUAUUUUCACUGAACUUUUCAGCCAAGUUCAUUUAAGCCAAAGCAGCUUAAAACUAUUAAAAUUCACUACAAAGAUACAAGUUAUAACUUUGAUUACAUUUUGAUGCCUGAUGCUAAUUUUAGAAUUAUUGUAAUUGAAACCUAUCUGUAUGCAUUUGUGUGUGUGUGUUUGAAGUGGGUUCCUGUGUUUAUAACAUACUGUUAAAAUACAGAACUAGCGAACUUAUCCGGAUCUGAUGAAUCAUUAAGCAGAACUACAUUUAUUAAUUCUCUAUGAAUAUAUGAAAUGUUACUCCAGUUAGUUUUGUUUCACUGAGUGAAACAAUAUGCAAGCAAGUUGUAUGACUAAUGUCACCUCACCCCAUUUGUCUUUCGUUUUCUUGCUUUCCAACAGGCUGGGGAAAAAACUUCACCCUGGAUCAGCAAUUGCAUGAAAAGGGCUUUAAAUGCCCUGAAUGUGGCAGUGCUCAGCCUGCAUCUCACAAAUUCUGCAGUGACUGUGGGAAGAAGUUAGCUGAGGCUUCUUCUACCAGCACACAAAGUAAGUGAUUUACAGCCUUAACCAAGAAUCACAAAAUGGUGUACAACUACUUUCCAAGAUGAAUUAGGGACACAAUGAAAAUACGUAAAAGACAUUGAAAGUUCUAGAAUCAUUGGUGUCUGUCUGGUUUAUUGCCCCCCUUGCCUAUGAAUGUUCCAGACAUUGCAGAGUUGUUGCUGGCUAGUCAAUGUCCUUACCUCUCCUUGCCUUUUUGUGUUCCUGACGUGGGUGGCACUGUGAGUUAAACCACAGAGCCUAGGGCUUGCCGAUCAGAAGGUUGGUCGUUCAAAUCCCCGCCACGGGGUGAGCUCCCAUUGUUUGGUCCCUGCUCCUGCCAACCUAGCAGUUUGAAAGCAUGCCAAAGUGCAAGUAGAUAAAUAGGUACCGCUCCGGUGGGAAGGUAAAUGCCGUUUCCAUGCGCUGCUCUGGUUCGCCAGAAGCGGCUUAGUCAUGCUGGCCACAUGACCUGUACGCCGGCUCCCUCGGCCAAUAAAGCGAGAUGAGCGCCGCAACCCCAGAGUCGGCAACGAGUGGACCUAAUGGUCAGGGGUCCCUUUACCUUUACCUUUAACUCUGUAUUGGAGAGUAAGUGUAAAAUUCAACUGGUAGUACAGUGGUCCCUCAGUUUAAGAACAGUCCUGUUUAAGAACGAUUCAGUUUAUGAACUCUGCAAAACCGGAAAUAGUGUCCCGGUUUGCGAACUUUACCUCGGUCUAAGAACGGAAUCUGAACGAUGGAAGGGCACCGGCGGCAGGAGGCCUCAUUAGCGAAAGCUUGCCUCGGUUUAAGAAUGGACUUCCAGAACAGAUUAAGUUCGUAAACCGAGGUACCACUGUAAUUUAAUCAAUAAUAGCAUGAGAUGUAUAUAAGUUCCAGUUUGUGCAUAUGUUAUUUCUGUCUGUCUCUCCACUCUUUUCUCCCAUACCAUGUUUUCAUUCUCUUUUGGAAUAUUAGUUGUAGAGUUAAAUGCACUGUUUUAAAAACCACUAAACUCAUGCCCCCAAACCUUAACUGGGUAAAUGUGUUGGGGUAUGUGUUCCUGGAAGUCCAAAGAAGUGAUUAAAUUUCUCCAACAGCAAGACACACACUUAGCAGUAUUUUACGGAUUAUAUUGCCUCCAUUCAUAGUUCAAGAUAUUAUACAUUUCACACAUAUGACAAGACAAGUUCUCUAAGCUUCUAAACACUAGCAGUUCCAACUUACUCAAAUUUUACAGAAAGCAAUUGUCCAAACGCCUAACUCUUUCAACUUCCCACAGUUCUCUGUUCUCCGAACUGCCCUCUUCUCUUCCUCAGGAAUGUGGAUGUGGGAGAAUAUUUCAUAUGCAACAGUACGUGAUAAGUCACCCAGCAACUAGAUAAGAAAACCACAAGCCCCUUGCAGCUGCACUUUGGAAAAAAUAAAUGAAUGUCCAGCUUUCCCCCCUCCAGCUUUUUGUCCUGCACUUGCCCAUUUUCUGCACACUCCUAACACUUCCCUUACCUCAUGAUUCUUAUUACACAUCUACUUUCCCUUAUGCUAUAAAGUGAGGAACGCUAUAGCAUUCUGCGAUCUAUGCAAACAUAGAUCCAAAAACACCUCUCUGUCCCUUACCUGAGAGAUACUAUCUUAAGAAUAUAAUGGUGGUAACAAGAGGCUGCUCUUCCUUCUCACCAUGCCAUCUGCAGCGGGGGGAAAGUUUGACAAGCAUAAUUAUGGCCCAAACAUGCUAGAAUAACACCACUCGGGGAAAACAGCUGUUAGAAGGCUUGUUAUGUGACCCAUUUAUUUAUUUAUUUAUUUAUUAAAACAUUCUGUCUGUCUUAGACAAAAUGCCAAACGCAGCUUACAUAAAAAAAUCAAAUAGGCACAGCCAAAUGGGUUGGUGGACAUUAGUCAAACAGCUUGCAUAUGUGUUGUUAACACUCUGUGUGAAAAGAAACUGAAACAUUAAGAUAUAUACAGCAACAGAUUUAAAAAAACACUGCAGACCAAAAUGGCAAUGGUGCAAUAGCCACAGAGAAAGUGUAACUUGCUUUGUUGUUGUACAUUAAUUAAAAGAAUUACUUUCUGCAGUAUGGGAUGCCCUGAUAAAAUGAAAUGUGAAUUAUAGAGACAGUAUCUGAGAUGUGUUGUUGCAUCAGAAAGGCAAGCAUAUGCUCUUCAAUUUCUUCAUUGAAAGAGAGGUGUAACCUGGGGAUUUAAUAAUUAAAUAAUGCUCUUUGUGGGCCUGACAGAAAAUUUACUGACUUCUGUGUCUAAAAAUGUUGGUUCCUGUUCACCACUGAGACCCCCAGCCCUGCCUCUGAACUAAUGUCAGACUUCUCCAUAGAUAACUUUCUGCAAUUCUUCUGUUUCAGUUGCAGAAAACAGAGAUGCAAAACUGACUUCAGUGCUGGAGAUGGAGCCUGGGGGCGAACUGAGAGUGGAAAGCUCCCCUUCCUUGGGAUCUUCCGUUGAUAAGCAGCCACUAACUGGGGAAGCACAAGGGGAGCCAGAAAAAUCUUUAUCUGAGAGCCCUGGGAGUCAAGCCUCUCUCACACAGAAAAAAGUGAGUACAUUUGAGAACAGGUUGGGCAUAGUGCAGAGAUUUCAGAAAUACAAACUUUCGCUUCCUGCUGUCUGCUAUGGUGGAGCUGUUAAGUGUGCUUUGCUGAUGCUUCUUGAAAUGGCCACUUGGUUUAAAGAUGCUGCAUUGAUAGGCAAGCAGUUACAUUUUGCUUACAAGUGCUAAGCUCUCUGAAAGCAAGGCUAUUUUUCAACAGGCAGUAAAAGUUGAGAACGAUGUUGACUGGAAUGAGUUGAAUGAGGAUGAUAACCCUCCUUCCAGAAAAAGGAAAAAGGAGAAACCAGACCUAUAUGAGGGCAGCAGCCCAUGCUCAAGCCUGCAGCAGGUAGUUUUUCCUAUGUGCAGUGAGUAAUUAAGUAAGUGAAUUGGUCUGAAGUAUCAGUUGCCAGUCAAGUGUCUGCUGUGAAUUGCUGAUUGGAAAAAUGCAUUUUUGUCAGAAUCCUUGACUAGUUCUUGCAAAUAGAAAACCCUGCCCAAAAUCCUGGAGAGCUGCUGCCACUGCACUGAGCUGGAUGGACCAAUGGCCUGAUUCAGUCUAAGGCAGCUUCCUAUGAAAGCUAGGUUUUCUCACCCCUGGAAAAUGGCAGCCGUGGAUGCAUUAUGUUCCAUCUUCAGAUUCAGGUCCAGUUUCAAGGGACGCUCCACAAAGAGCAUAUUACAGUAAUCCAGUCUUGAGUUCAUCAAUGCAUGAGUCAUAGCAGAAAGUUAUUCCUGUCCAGGAAAGUGCAUAAUUGCAUACCAACCAGUUGAUAGGAGGUCUCCUUGCCAUGGAUUGAAGGACAAGUAGUACAGUGGUACCUCGGGUUACAUACGCUUCAGGUUACAUACGCUUCAGGUUACAGACUCCACUAACCCAGAAAUAGUGCUUCAGGUUAAGAACUUUGCUUCAGGAUGAGAACAGAAACUGUGCCCCAGCGGCAGCAGGAGGCCCCAUUAGCUAAAGUGGGGCUUCAGAUUAAGAACAGUUUCAGGUUAAGUACUGACCUCUGGAACGAAUUAAGUACUUAACCUGAGGUACCACUGUACAGUCAUACCUCCGCUCCCGAAUGCCUUGGGAGUUGAACGUUCCUGCUCCCGAAUGAUCGAAAACCAGAAGUGAAUGUUCUGGUUUUUGAACGCUUUUUUGGAAGCCCGAACGUCCGACACAGCUUCCGCUAUUGUUUCUGGCGUGCCUCCGCAUUUGGAAACCAAUCAGAAACUGCGCCUUGGUUUCUGAACGUUUCGGAAGUUGAACGGACUUCCAGAAUGGAUUAUGUUUGACUUCCAAAGUACCACUGUAAUAAUAACAGAUGUGUCUAGGUCUUUUCCAGUUCUGAUUUUGAUAGCUAAGAGUGGAAGCAUAUGCUGGAAAGGUUAAUAUUGAAGAUGUAGGGUGAAUGAUGUAUUCUUGCUUUACCUCUGAACCUUUAAAAGAGGUGGAUGUUAUUAUUGUUUUUUGUUUUCUAUCAUGCAGAAGAAGAAAAAGAAGAAGAAAAAGAAAAGGCGUCCCUCAGAUGCUGAAGUUCAGGACUCCUCGAUGACAUCCUUGACAAGCUGUUUUAGUUCAGCACCACCAAGUCUUGAUCACUUUAGCCCUGAAGUGACAGAUACAAAAAACCAACCAAAGGAAAGUCAAGGCCCAGAAGAUGAAUUGACCAAAUCAGACAAGGAGUCAGCUGGUGACAGUGGAGGUCAGAUUAAAAGUAGCCCCUUAGACAUAGAUCAGAGUCUAGCAGUUGCUGCAGAAAAAUAUGUUGGUGAUAUUGAUACCAAGAGUCAGGAUAGUAAUAAUGGUGCAGCAGACCAGCAUGUUGGUGCUGCAGUUGCAGAAGAGAAGAUGGAGGAGGAAAGCUCUGAAAAGAAUGAUGAAAUUGGUGAACAGACAGGUUCUAGUAAAGAACAAAGUAAGACAAGUUCUACUGCAACUGAUCUGUCUCAGGGAAAUACAUCAGAUACCCAGACUUUGGUUGCAACACAACCUAAUUCUGAUGGAGAUUCAGAGAGCGUCUCUUUGGACCCUCGCUGUACUGGUGAAUCUUCCGAAAAUAACGUUGCGAAAUCAAGUACAGAAGAUCAAAAUCAGGAAAUUAAGACCGCUUCGUCUGAAUCGGAAGUGAGCCCGGGUCAUAAGAAAAAAGUUGAAGAGACCAAGCAACAGACAAGUGCUUCGGUUUCAAAGGUAUGUUGCCUGCAGUCCUAUUGGCUGUCUUGUUGUGUGGGCAUAUGUCUGCUUCCAUUGCCUUCUUGGGUGUUGUCCUGAAUAGGAGAGUUCAAGCUGCAUGUCAUCCAUCUGCUUAUUAAUGAAAGUAGACAUUGCAUCUCUAGAUGACCUCCCCUAGUCGUUUCAUGCAGUUGUUGAACAGAGUAGAAGGCAAUAUGGAGUCCUUCAGGCGGUAGUGGACUUUGUGGUGGGCUGACACCACUUACCUGAUCUCCUGACAGCUGUGCCGCUUCUGCUUACUGGGGGGGAAAGGGCGAGGCAGCAUGGAGGUUGGCAUGGAGCAAAUCCACCAACACAGCCAGUCCUAGCACCAUUUUCUGGAAUCUACAAUCCAGGAUGGCCUAAAACCACUUGUUAUCUGUUAAUUUCAUCCUAGAAUGGUACUCUCAAAAGGUGCUGUGCUUGGUAUCAAAAGCUGCCGAGAAAUUCAAAUAGGACCAACAGACUGAAUCAGUUCCAGGUUUCAGGGGGCCCCAGGCAAAAUAAUCCUGCUCCUGUUGAAUUUAUCAGGCAUGGGGCAAGAAGCAGCAGUGAGAGGAGUACAGUGAACAAAUCAUCCUUGUCAUCCUUCCCCAAUGUCCCUGGUGUUAAAAGAUGGGUUAGCCCUUUAUUUGCUGAAGCUUCGUUAGGUGCUAGGAUUGAUCUUUUGUUUUUAAAAGGGGUUCAUUUAGCCUAAUGGAGACAAGCUCCCUGCUCUGGACUGGAUGGUUCCCUUUCAGAAUCUUUCCUUUGUUGCCCACGGCUGUAAGGUUCACUGAGGGAUUGAAAAGGAAGCUGUCCUUUUCUGUCCUCCCAAUUCCCCUGAUUUUAUGUUGCAUAAGUGCAUUGGGGAGGGGCUUAAGGGAUCACUUGCUAGCUUGUCUGAUCUAGUUGCAUAGCGCACAGGGCCACAGUGGAGGAAAAUACUUAAAGGGAGCCCAUCCAACCUGACUCAGUGGAGCGCCAGGUGUUACCACCAGGAUUCACCAGAGGCUGUUGAAAGAAGAGAUUCAUUUGCGUGAAAACAAAAUAUUGUGGGGGCGAUACCCCUACCCACCUAGUCCAUGGCUUCUAAAAUAACCCCUUCUGGUAACCUGUCUCAAACAUAAUUUUCUCAUUGGGAGCUGGACACAAGAUUAAGCUCCCUCCCCCGUGUGUGUGUGUGUGUGUGUGUGUGUGUAUAUACAUACAAUUUAUUAAUUUUAUAUUAACAAAAACAAACAUCACAAUCAAAAUCAUACAUCUUAAUUGACUUCCCUCCACUCCCCCUCCUGGUUCCAUUAUUUUAUACUUCUUCAUACACGUCCACAAAAUCUUAUAUUCUUAACUAUCCAAUUUUAAAACCUUAUUCAUGUUGUUACAAGUGACCUUUAAAAGUUCAACUAAUGUAAAAGCCUAUACAUAAAGCUUGCUAAAUGUGCCUUGAACAUCCCCCCUUUUUUUAAAAAAAGAAAGAAAACAAUGUCCUUUUUCUUUCUAGAGUUUCAAAAUGUCUAGUAUGUCCUGCAUAGUUCAUUAGUUUGCUUUGCCAGUCUCCAUCUUCUUUGGUGGUGGCUUCUUCCUUCUAUAGGGAUGGGCUGGUCUUGGCCUGGCGUCCAUUCUCAGAUGCAGGAACAAAGUCUUUUGCAUGGUAAAUCCGUUAGGUCCUGUAUCUUUCAGAAUCAUAGCUUUGUUUUUUUUAAACAAAAGUCAUUUUCAACAUUCUCUUCAAAUCUUUAUAUAUCACUUCCCAAGCCUUCUUAAUAAUUUUGCAUUGCCACCACAUAUGGUAGCCUCUCAUACCUUUUACCUGCCCUUCCUGCUUCAUCUCCAUCACCGCCAAAGCUUCCCAAAUCAAUUCACACAAGGUGUCAUUUUUGGCAUAGACCACCCUCACUUUCCCUUGCAUUUUCCUCAAACCUCGUACCUCAGCCUUUCCCAUGUUAGUGGUGUGUGCAUCCACUUCUUUAAAUUGUCCCACAGCCUCUGAAAGUAAAUUAGUAUUUUUCUGAACUUGAGAGGCUGCCUUAUCAGCAUUUUGCUUUAUUUCUUUUGUCUGAUCGAACAAUUCUCUUUUAAAUUCUAAAAGUAAGUCAAAUAAUUCAUAUUUCUCUUGUCUUACGGCUUUGCUGGUUUGUUUCAGCAUUAAGAUUUUUUCUGCCAAUUCUAAUUUGAGAUGGGGCUGCAGUUCUCUUGCUGUUUCCCAGCUUCCUUUCUAAGAUUAAAUUUCAAAACAAAAAGUCCUUUCCCACCAGGGAAAGUGUUAUUUUGGCUUUAUCAGUACUUUGUCAAGGCCAUUUCACUAGACUCAAUAAAAAACCCCCGUACUUCCAGCCUCCUCCCUCCCUCCCUUCUACUUUGCUCACAAAAACAAAUUUUAGCAGAUUUAACAAUUGUAUAUCCCCUUCUUUAUAUCCAUUAACAUCAGAGUAAUUUUUAAUUGCCAAUACUGUAUAAAUAAAACUGAAUUAUUUGAAAAUCUGAUUUAGGCCAAUAUUAGCAAUGAAUAUAAUAGUCCUUUUUAUAAUCUUGCUUUUUAACUAGCUGUUACCUUUUAAUAAAAUAAGUCCACAAUUAUAAUUCCGUUAGGUUAGAUGUCUUCAGCACUCUGAAAGCUCAAAUACUUCUUUCCCACAAGUAGCAUAAAUUCAGAGGGUCAGUCCAAUCUUUCUUCCUGAGAGGAAAUUUGUGAUAUUCUUCCAUACAAUAACAGUGCAGUCCUUCUCCGGUUUAGCCUCCAUUUAAAGUCAAGUUCAAUUGCAACAUAGGAUGGAUUCAAGUUCAAAUUCAAGUCAAGUUCAAUGUAUUUUUUUUAAAGAGAAAAUCUUGAGUGAUUGGUAUAAGAGCUUGGUGAAAUCUUUUAAUCCUUAUUAUUCAUUAGCUAACAUAUCUUCCAAAGUGAACUUCAUCAACACUUCAGUUGUAUGUAUUUCAUGCUCAUAUCACCAGGAACGGGAGCGGACUUCCUUUUAACACUCCCGUUUUUUACCAAAUAAAUCAAAUUGAGCACUCCUUACCUUUGCUAUUGGCUUCGGUCUUCUGGAAAGGUAACUGCUCAUGGCUGGAUUGGAGGCUUUGCUCUCUACAAAGCCGCGUUGGUGCCUAGCUCACUGGCACACUUGGCUCUCCCCCCCCCCCACUCUCCGCGCAUUUCGGCACAAAGGCAGGGACCGGCAAUACCAAGCGGCCGUUAGUGAGUCGCAGGACCUCAAGACACCUCAGUGCUCCUCUUGGGGCUUUUGGGGGAGGUGUGUCACCCUUGCGCUCUUACCCUUAGGCUCCAUAGGGCCAAAUCUGAUAAGGAGAUGUCAUAUUCGCGGUCCGCUCGGCAUCUUGCGGAAACUUCUAAAAUAACCUGUUCUGAUGACCUGUCUCAAGCAUAAUUUUCUCCUUGGGAGCCGGGCACAAGAUUAAGCCCCCCCCCCUUGCAAGCCACAAGGGACUAGUACAUUUUUUCAAGCAUUUUGAAUCACAUAUGCCUAUGUUACAGAAAGCCAAGUUGGAAGAACAGACUAAAACGGAAAAUGUCUGCAAAAAAACAGAAGAAGCAACAACUCAAGCAGAAGGGUCUGAGAAGGGAAAGACUUCUGCUGCUACGAAUCAGAAUAAGCAACAGAAAGAUCAAAAGACUAAGAAGCAGCAGGCAAACCAGGAAGUCAAGCAGAGGUAUAGCACAUUUCUGUUUAUUUCAAAAGUGGUAUUAAAUUGGAAUUGGCCAGUAGCAGUUGUUGCAUGGUUCUGAUCUGAAAGGUUAGAAAACGAAGCUUUACUAAAUCUGAAAUUACCACAAAUACUCAUCUAACGCACUUCACUAUGUCCUGUUCAUAGAUCUUCCCAGUGCCACCAACAUCUCAUGAGUACCAUUUCUAAAAUACCAUGAUUUCUGUAAAGCAUUUUUUAAAAGACCGCAAUGGAUAAGCUAACUGUUGGAGCAAUCAUUUUUACCCACUCAUUAUUUCUGUAUUGAUCGGUUCAUUUUAUUUUUUAGGAAGAAGUCGGAAGAUAAUAAACAUUACACCUUUUAA